ACGGAGGAAACUUUGAGAAACAUCGUCAAAUUUCUGCCACAUAGCUAAGAAAUGUAAAGUUAAUGUUGCCCGAGAGCUCUACUCAUGUCUGAUGAAGGCGAGGAAAGCGACAGCGGCGAGAGAGGGCACCCUUCUGACUCUCCCUCCCCGCCUCUGUCUGUCUGUCUUCCCCGAGAAUCUCCUUCCUCCCCGCGGCCCUUGGACCUCUUCUCCUCCGCCUCUCCGCUGCUCGGGGACACAGACCCGCCUUACCUCGCCUCCCCGGAAUGUCUUCACCCGUCUCCAGAGAACCAGGAGUCUCCGCACCUCUCAACGCCAAAGUUCCAACAGACCACCGGGGACACCGGCUCUGCGCUUCGUUCGGGGCAUGAUGUGCGGGUAGACGCGGUUUACGACCGCUAUGAUGACCCGUUUCCCAAGUGGAGAGGACGAGGAGCGGCGAACGCGGAGCGCUUUCAGCACCGCGGACAGAGACUCCAGCGUGCUCCGGAGUGCUCAGACCAGGGGAACCACUACUCCUUUGACCACAUCGACACUGAAUUCCACUCUGAAUCCAGGCAAACGUGAGGCACCUUUUUCUAUUCACAGGCAACUUUUUUGUCAUGUUUGUUUUUCCACACUGAUGGAGUGCCCAGUUAUAGCCCUGUGUAGGACAUACAUGCGUUUUAAAACUCUGCCAUAUUAGUUAAGAAAUUGCACAGGUGCUGUGAGUUGAUCAAAUUCACUUACUAGCUUCUAAUCCAGUGGGAAUUUCAACAAGUAGAGGCCAGGUUUGAGAGUGCAAAGCAGCUGCUAACACCUCUCUGUGCAGCUGCAGACCAUUUAUCAACCAGGUUUACUCUACACUUCUUUCAUAAAGAGGAUGGGCUCUGACAUACAGUUGUAACAAUAACACUGGAACAGUAUCAUACAUUUUGCUUCCAUGCAGAAAACUGGUGCUUCUUUUUAUCAGAUGUACCAAAUUUACCUGGACUGAGUCUUAUUGCAACCAUUUUGUUGUCACUUUGGCUCGUGCUGAAAUAUAUCACAGAUAUGUCUUUUUGUCCCUCUUCAUUUUGUUUCUUAGCUUGUGUGCGGUUUUGGCUGUUGUGGUUGGACUGUUGUGUCCCUUGAGAAUACAUGUAUGCUCAGCAUGUAUACGUGAGGAAGUGAAGGGUGGGGAAGGGAGAAUGUGCUGAAUGGAUUAGUGUGUCCGUGGGGGUUUUCCUCAGUAUAUUUUCCUUGUGCGGUGAGGGAGGGAAUUUCUUUAUUGGUUCUAGUGCAUGAGUGCAUGAAUGCAUAAGCAGGAGUCAAGAAUCAACAGGGUGUGUGUGUGUGUGUGUGUGUGUGUGUGUGUGUGUGUGUGUGUGUGUGUGUGUGUGUGUGUGUGUGUGUGUGAUUAGUUUGAGUACAGGAUAGACACACCAGAGCAAAAUCAUGUGACACUGAGCUUGAACAGACAGCAAAAAUCUGCUAGCACAGUUCCUCCCCUCAAUGUCACAAUCAUCAAAUUCAUCACACUUCCUGAGCAUGCACAGAUACACUUCAAAAACCUUGACACCCAUAUGAAAGGUUAGGACCACCUCACUAGAAGACACCACAAGGUCAUCCUAUCUGUAAAACCGCUUUAGAUUGGAAGCAUAAAUGGUGACAGAGGAUUUUCAUGUGGCUCUGCUCUGCUGUGAUCACAUUUUGAGAGUGACAGGCCUCAGUAUUGGCUCUUUGAUGUGCCUUGGUCUGUUCGUUUGAAACACCAGUGCUCAUCCUAAGAGGCCCUGCCUGCGAAAGAAGCAUGUAUGGUUUAACUGAUAGAUAAAUGUUGGAUGGCUCUGUGUGUCUGUAGAGGGGGGUGAACAUGCCUGUUUCUCAUUACUAGUGAAAUAUGGUGAGCAAGUCACCUUUGAUCUUUAAAAUUGGCAAUUUACUGCUUGAAAGAGCGUCUCUGUGUGUUUGAUGGGGGAAGAAAGACAGCAGAGAGAAACCCCUCAUAUAUUCUGCAGCACGUCUCUACACUGAUAAAGCACAAACUCAUUACUCACCUCUGUAAGGAUUGCUGCCAGGUCAGAAUUCUUCCUUACUGGUUAUCUGCAAAAUUUGAUUUAUCCCUCUCUCUAGCACUGUAGGUCAUGGUAAAUGACAUAACUCACUUGAAAGUAAAGAACAUAUAGUUCCAAUGAUUCCAAGGUGAACACUGUGAACACUGAACAUUGAGUUUUGGCUGACAGCACGAUGACUUGGGUCAGGACAUCCAGAUCUUGAUAUUGACCAGUUUUCACCUGCCAAAAUACAGGUACAACACAAUUUGAUUUAAGACUGGGCGAUAUGGCCUCAAAUCGAUAUCACGAUAUAUUGAGCAGUUCACCUCGAUAACGAUAAACAGACGAUUACUACUCCACAAGCUGCUCACCCCCUCCCACAUUAACUUUAUCUACUUCAGCCACUUUUGAACCGUCCUCCAUCUCCUCACCUGUCUUUCCCUCUUUGUUACGGACUGAGUGGGGUGGAGUCACGUCUUCGACUUAGGACAGCGUCUCAGUGGAAAUUAGACCAUAGCCUACCUACAUACAUCCAAAACCAACUUUUAUUUAUUUAUUUAUUUGACACCGUAUAUAUUGACAUGGGAAAAAUGACGUCGGUUAUUGUCGUAAAUUUCGGUAUCGGUAAAUUUUCGGCUUUUUAAACUGCAUUUCUUUGAAGUGAUUUUUCAACGGUAGGUGAAAUAUGUUCUAUGCCAACAUAUUCUAUGCACUAUUUUUCAGACCCAAAAAUCACUGCAGCACAUUAUGAAAUAUGUUAACAUGAGGGUACAGAGGGAGCAAAGGAAGCAGUCCUCAAGAAACAGAGAUAGGAAAAACUAUGCACAGGUAGGUACUGUGUCUUCACUGCUCUGAGUGACGGUUGACAGACUCUUGGAUGCUGAUGUAGUUGAUCCAUACCUGAUGGCACCUUGAGUGAUAGGAUGUUGAUGGCUGAAGGUGGAGAGUGGCCUGUUUUCGGUGACGUAUUCAUUCAUAUGUGUGACUUAACGGUGGACACAGAUGUUUUUUGAGGAUCUUGUCAACAGAAAAAUAUCAAGUUAGUAGCUUUAGACAAGUCUUAUGAGUGGCAGCUUUUAAGGUAUAUGGUUGUAUUAGUAUAUUAGGUAGGAACCUCAUUCUACCUUAUUCAGCUGAGUUAGGCUGUUAUUAUCAAGGUGGCAUAACCUGUAUUUACAUGAUGGUGGUACUUUGUGUUUAUAGUAAUUACAUAAAGGCAAAGCAAAGGAGAAACUUUGUUGCUCUAUAAUUAAGAGUAAUUGGGUGAUGCCAUUUAAGGAAUGUUAGGAACAAACAAAUUAUGCAGCCUAACUUCUCCUUUUUCUUUUAUCAUUUCCUUGUAGUGGUGUAUUUUUGUUUAAUCUGAUAUCCUGGUUUCAAACAGAUAGCUGAUACUGUUUGGUUUACAUUCCCAUUUUAUUACUUUCAAGUAAGCACCAAAGUGUAUCCAUCAGGUGCAGACAUACUUUCUAUGUGCUUGUAUUAGGGAGUCAAAAUUGCAGUCACUGCCAAAGCUGCCAUAUCUCUUCACAUGGACCUUAAAUGUUCUUGGUAAAUUCAAUGCAGAUAUGCUUUUCAUUCAUUGUAGCAUAGUUAUCUGUCAAAGGUGUCUUGUUACAGAGAACUCUGUCUUCCUGGCUUGGCAUCUUUGGCUAUCUGCUAAAAUUUGAACAAAGUUUGUGUGAAUGUUUGAUAAUGCUUUUUUUUUUUCUGUGAAUCUUCUAUCAUAGUUUCAGAACUAAAGACUCUGCAUUAUAAAAAUCUGAAACACACAGAAAUUCGACUCAAGGAUGUAUGAUUGAAAGUGAACUGUCCUGUUUCACAAAGAGGCUUACUUCACUUUCUUUCACCAAUGAAGUUCAAAACAGACCUGAAGCUUGGCUGUGUUAAAAAAAGAUUUGCUAUAGUCUACCCUGUUGAGCUGGAAACCCCUGUAGCAGUGGUGGAAGAUCGCUUCUCCCUUUUCUGACAGUUUUGUUGUUAAUAGGAGAGGGGGCUGCUUGCUUGAACGGAGGCUUUGAGUGAUCUGCAGCAGCUUCUGAGUUACAUUCAGCAUCAAGAUGAAAGCUGGCUAGACUCUGUAACAGCUGGGUGUGUGCAGUGUGGGUUUCAGUGAUCAGAAACUGAUACACAAAUUUCCCUGAGCAGACAGUUAACUCAAAAUAACAUGAUAUGUGAUGUGUUGAAUAGUGUGUACUAAAUGCUGCCUGCUUACCAUAAAAUGGUGAAGCGCCAUUAUUAGUAAGGCAGUCCAGCAUCUACCAACUAUCUAAACCUUGUUUGUGAACCAAAGCACACGACUUUAAGAGCUACAAGAAAGCAAAAAGAUCAACUGUGAGAUGGGAUGAAGCGUAUUCAUAGUUUUGGCUCUUCACUGUAUAGAAUGACAUAAUAGCCUGAUUGGCUCCAUACAUAGCAGCCUCUGUUAUCAGUGGAUGUGGUGUGAAUGCGGCAUGUAAUAUAAAAGGGCUUUUAGUGGUCAAGAAGGCUAGAGGAAGUGCUAUAUAAACAGAGUCCAUUUACUAUUUGCUUUAAUAACCUGCUACAACAAUGCCAAAAAUGAAAUCUGCUUGUUUUUGUUGCUUCACAUUUAUUUUGACAAGUCCUCAGAUCCUCAGAGUAUAUUGUCUAAGUGCAGUCCCUAAUGCUGGUAUGUAAGCAGACAUGCGCACAGCUGAUCCUUCCUGACUCUCUAAUUGCUCCCUGUCUUCAUAUCUUCGUCUGUCUCUUCUCUCUUUCUCUCCUUCAUUCACAAAUCCUGUUUCAUAUCAGACAGGGAGGCUAGAAUAUGAUGGAAAAUGGCAAUUCAUUACCAGACUAUGGGGAUAUCUAAAAUAUUUUUAAAAUCUUUACUGAUUUUUAAAGAGGUGAAAGACUCCACACAUGAUGAGAAAUAUGACAGAAUAAAUAGAUUUGUCCUUAUAGUGUCUGGUUUGCAACAAGACUCAAAUGUGACACGAGUAAAAAAAGAUGGUUUACUAUGGGGGUUAAACAUUGCUAGCUUGAACGCUUCCUAUAACAUCUAUUUCUUUAACAAUUUUUGUUCAGCUCCUUUCUUUGCCACAAAUUAAAAAGGUUCUCUCUCCCUGACACUCAUCUACGUUUGUGCUGCUUGCUCAAUACUGUUAUCACGUUUGCCAUUGUUUUGUUUCCUCUAAAACUAGCUUGAUUCUCGUUGGCUUUUAUUUUAUUCCAUUUUGCUUUCACCUAGACACCAGAAAUACUGAUAGUAAACAUUGGACAUGUUUAAUGUUUAGAAUUCCAAAUCGAGCUGGCCCUGAUCAUCCUCCAGGCAGAGUGAUAGAGGGGAAAUCCCUCUGCUUGACACGAUAGUCCUUGUAAACUCUUAAAUAAUUAGGCCUUUGUGACUUUAUCGGAAGAAGGAGCCCAAAAACCUUGGGCAUCUUGUUAGAAAAUCAUCAACAUAAAGUAUUGCCUGAAGAAACCUUCAGGUCAUUUCAUGAGAAGCCUCAUGAAGGCAGUGUUCAUUGCAUGGCUAUUGUGGUUCUUGUCACAUACUGAAAGGAAAUGUGUGUUUUUAUGUCAGUACCCUGGCUGCAGACUGAUGAUCUGUCCAUGAGUGCAGCAUAUUUCUAUGUUUGUAUCCUUGUGUGUCUUAUUUGUGGAAUAGAUAGAAGUGGUCAUGUAUAUAAAUGACGGGGGGAUUUUUUAAAUAAAAAAAUCAAGAGCUCUAGAGCUUUUAUAUCUUUUUAGAUGAACACUGAUAAAAUCACUCUCUGCAUUUGCACACACAUGCAUGCAUACAUACAUGUAGUUCUUAUUCCCCACUGUGCUUCGUCUUAGUGAGUACUCUUAAACGUCUCACACUCACGCCCUUGGCCAGCCCAGGGGAACUUUUCACAUCAUAAACUGGUUUCUAUUUUCGCCUAUCUUGGAUGCCUUGCUUUUUGGGCAUUGCAGACACAAAUUCAGCUCUUAUUGUGAAACCGCCUCUUGUCAGCGUACUACACUUGAGUGGACUGCAUUGAGGAUCUUUGCGUGGUUGAUUAGAACGAGCAGCUAGGUGUUAGCAACCUGGUGAUAGACAAUCACAUUUUCAUUUCACAAAUAAAAAGCAGUCUCUUAGUUGGUUAGGUGGUUUUAGGGAAAUAAACUUAUUUCCUAUUGCCACUCCACUUCUCAUUCUGUCUCUCUACCUAACAUUCGAGCAAUUUUACCUUGUGGGUCAGGGUUCAGGCCACACAGUAGAUGCAGACAUUAUUGCAGAUCUUUGUGUUCCAAAAAACCAUCAACAAAAGUGGAAUGGUCAUAAAGCAAAGGUUUUUCUACAACAGGAGUUAUUACCUGGGGAAGCUGUCUCUGUUGAUAAAGCUGAUAAUUUACCUGCUCUGUCCUGAUAGGAUGUGACAGUGUGUCCCUGGAAACUGUAAAAGUGCUCCAUUUCGGGCUGAAAAAUGACACAUUGAACAGGAGUCGCAUGUUCAUGUCUUUGUACGGGCAUGUUUUGGACAGAUAAAGACAGAUUCAUUGCAGAUCAAAGGGCCUUUUUGGUUGACCACUGACUCUGAGGAUAAUUUGUCAUGCUGUGGCCAAUUAGGGUGAUAGCUCCAUCUCUCCUCUGCCAAUCAGAACUGUUGACUUGUGAUGACCUCGUGAUUUGCUUUGACCCUGGUGGGAUUUGAUUGAUUUAGCCGGGGGCAGAUGUAUCUCAGACAUGCUGGUAAGGCUGCUUUCUCCAGGCUCAGAGUUGAAGAAUGUGUUGAGGACUGCUGAUUGGGCUUGAGCUGUCCUUGUUUGUGGAGAGAUAGCUAUGACUCGUUGUGUCCUCAGUACAUAAUUGGUUUCAUGUAACAGAUGUCUUUUCUCUUGCCUCCUUACUCUCAUUUUCUGUUGCUUUUUCCCUCCUUCACAUUUGUGUCUUCUCUCUGCUGUCACCAGGGUGGAGGCCAUGCAUCGCCGGCACACCACGCUGAGAGAGAAGGGGCGUCGCCAAGCAGUGCGGGGUCCGGCCUACAUGUUCAAUGAACGUGGCUCGGCCCUCACUGCAGAGGAGGAGCGUUUUAUGGAUGCAGCUGAAUACGGAAACAUCCCUGUGGUCCGUAAAAUGCUGGAAGAGUCCAAAACCCUUAACUUCAAUUGCGUUGACUACAUGGGCCAGAAUGCUUUGCAGCUUGCGGUGGGGAAUGAGCACCUGGAAGUGACAGAGCUGCUUCUGAAGAAGGAUGGUUUGGCCAGGAUUGGGGACGGUCUGCUUUUAGCAAUCUCAAAGGGUUACGUUCGAAUUGUUGAAGCCAUCUUAGCCCACCCUGCCUUUGGCGGAGGUCUGCGGCUUGCUUUGAGUCCUCUGGAGCAAGAGAUGCGUGACGAUGACUUCUACGCUUACGACGAGGACGGGACACGUUUCUCGCAUGACAUCACGCCUAUCAUCCUAGCCGCUCACUGUCAGGAGUACGAGAUCGUCCACAUACUCUUGACAAAAGGAGCUCGCAUAGAAAGGCCUCAUGACUACUUCUGUAAGUGUUCAGAAUGUGUGGACAAACAGAAGAAAGACUCAUUCAGUCACUCUCGCUCAAGGAUGAAUGCAUACAAAGGCCUGGCCAGUGCAGCAUACCUGUCCCUCAGCAGUGAAGACCCUGUACUUACUGCCCUGGAGCUUAGCAAUGAACUGGCAAGACUGGCAAACAUUGAAACUGAGUUCAAGGUAAGAUGGUUUAUGUAUUUUUCUGCAAACUACUUUUUUUACUUUACCUGAACAUUCCCCUUUACUUGUGAACACUAAAACAUACAAAAAGCUACUAAUUUAAAUGAUUUGAUCAACGUUUCAUUUGGCUGAGAGUGAAAGGGGGGAAAAAGAACACACACACACAAAUCAUUACAUAAAAGUAUUGUGAAUAUAAAUCACAGCUUUACUAUAACCACAAGUACACACCUUUAGGAUGAUCAUUGUGCUUGACACUUCUUAAUUUCUUUAAAAUUCUAUGAGUUUGGGCGGAACAGAAUCCUAGAGCUAAAUAGUAAUUUGCAAGUCCAUCUUAGCCAAUGUUUCAAUCUGUUCCUGCCACUGAAUUAAUUCAGUCACAAGAUUAGAUUUGCCAAUGCAGUCCCAGAUUUUUAAUACUCUUCUGAACCUCGCAUUACCAACUCCAUCUCCUCUCUGGCUGUGUUGAAAUGAGGAUUGUUAAGCAAAACACUUUUUGGUUUUAUAUUUUAAAAAAGUAAAGUCUCUAAUUUUGAACACACUUUCUCACUAAGAAUAAAGAUUCCAUGAACACAACAGGAACUAAACCAAAUCAGGCUUCUGAUGAUGUGUGUGGUGGAAAAAUUGGUUUCUUGACUGUGUAAAUGUCAAUUUGAAAAGGGCAUCUUGCUUGCAGCUAACAGAUUAAAUCAAAGCAGCAGGAGCACCCCUAUUUGUCCUGAAGCAGGUUUGCUGGCUAGAUUUAGGGGACAACAUAUUCACUAACUUUAACGGUUUGGGGUACUUUACUGCCAGAUGGUGUACCUGUCUGGAGUAAGUUGGCUGUAGAUAUGAGCGUGGUUGGAUCAGGUACUUAGUCGGUAGUUGAUGUAUUAGCAGUAGGAUAGCCAACUCAACCCCUAUGUUCAGAAUCCAACCAGAGAACCAGAAAGGGAGCAAGGCUAUCAAUUGCUAGAGAUGAGACUGGCUCUACCACACAGUUUAGCUCAUGUUGACAAACUCCAGCCAAAGUACUGAAGAGUUUGUUGUUCCAGCUGAGCUCAGUCUUUCUCCACAACAACUAACACAGGGUAUUUUGAAAAAGGUAAAUUUAUCAUCAUGGAUAGUGUCACUAUGCUGAAAAAAGUCCAUCCUUCCUGCUCAUCAGAGUGCCAAGAAGUUCCUCCUUUUUUCCCCCAGUUCAUUGAGUCUCACUCUUCCUCCAUUAAUUCUGGUUUGUAAAAGUGUCCUCUUGUGUUCACAGCCAAUGGCGUGUUCACUGGCGCUGUAAAAUUUGCUCAUUAUUUGGUUUGAUUUUAUGUUUGUCUCUUUGAAGCCCUGCAGACCCAAACAACUGAUCAGUAUGUGGCAGGCAGAAGAACACAAAAGUGCUUUAGAAAAAAAAAGAACAAAGUGAGGAGCUAAGAAACGUAUAAAUGCUGCAUUUCUUACAUUAAGAUUGUGCUUUGGUUAAGGGUUGUUAAAGCUCCUGGGUAAAACUUUUGGUUUGUGUCAACUUUGGCGCCCCUUGUGAACAAAGCAAUCUUUGCUUAUCUUGUCAUCUAAACAGUUUUAGUGUUUUCUUUGACAAAAAAAUCUCCUUUGCUCACUUUUCAGAUGUAAAUAUAUAAUGCAUCGUGAUAUUAUGUAGGAAUUGUAAAAAUCAGGGCUUUUUCUUCAUAUGCUCCGCCGUUACCUGCCCCCUUGCACCAGUUUUAGGCGUUAAAAGUUACUUUUAAUAACUUGUCAAUCUUGUCUCUAAUGGUCUUGUGCCUUACCUGGGCACAGGUAACCCCUAACCCUGUCUCUAGCAGUUAACUGCUUAGCUUGUAUUCUGGUUCACUAACCAGGUUUUUAACCAAGAAGCUGCAAUGAUUGGGAAUCUCUGCAGCUAAUACACUUUCAUUUGACUAGUACCACAUAUGACCUUACUUAAAAAAAAGACCUCGCAGCUUUUUCCUUUAAAAACACCCUGAACAUUAGAGCCUAAUUGUAGGCUUUGCACUAACAAAUGCUGCUCACUGCUCAGCUACUUUUUAUUAUCUUUUGAGUUAAACUUAUGAUCAUAAAUAAAGUUGGCACAAUCAUAAAACUUGAAGCAAUCAUACAGCAAUAAUCUGAUCUUUUCAUUUCUUCAAUUAUCGAAGGUCCUUUAUUGGCACAUGUUGCUGUAUUUUGUCCUCCAAUCUGUUUACUUGUCUGUCCUUAUUUAUCCUUUUGUCCGCUUUUUCUGCACACCUCUGUGUUUGUCAUUCAGCCUGUCUACUCAUCAUCCUGUUUCCCAUCUGCAGACCAGUUAAUGAGAAGGGUUCACCUGAGGGACCACAGUUGUGUUGAAGCUCAUCUGUCUCAUUACCAUCUCAUUAUCACCCCCUAGACUUCUCUGUGUGUGUGUGACUCCCUGUUCUCCUUCCAACAUCCUAUCAUUGAAUAUCAAAUAAUGUUGCGACCGUGUGCCAUUGGCCUCAGAAAGCCAGUGUUUCAUUGGUGAAUAUUAAACACAAGAUAAUUAAGAGUAAGGUAAUGACUUGAGGCACCAAGUCAUUGGGAGUGAGUAUUACACUGGAACUAUUAAAACAGGCUUUUUGAUCAUUUAUGAAACAUGUGUAUUCACUGGGAGGUUUUGACAGGUUUAAGUGCUGCCAAUAAUGGUAUAUUUAGAGUGCUACGAUGUGUUUGGGCUAGUGGUCGACCAAUGACAGUUUUUCAGAGGCCAAAGCCAAUACCGAUUAUGGGAGAUCAGGUCACACAAUGGCUGUUAAAAAACCUUGUCUUUUUUUUUUUUUUUUUUUGUUAUCUUAUAAUUAUGUGUUACAGGUGGAUUUUUAAUUUGAGAGUUAAGUUAUGCUAAAGAUUUCAGAAAAUGUCUGAUAUUUCUGUCUAUACUAAACUGCAUGAUUCUACACAUCAUUACAGGAUUUAAUCUAAAAAGCCAGCCAGUGACUGUCUUAAAUUUGAUACUCUGUUAAUGGGAAAAUGCUAAGGGUGUUGUUGAUAUCAGCUUGAUAUGAUGCCAAUUGCGUCCAAAUGCCAAUAAUCAGCAAUCUGUCUAUCUCUGAUUUGCAACAUUCAAAUAUGCUCAAUAUCGCUUUCUCAAACUCUAAAAUCAGCUCUAAGUAUGGGAGGUUUGCAGACAGUUAUGGCACCGAAUCAGUUUCAAUAAGUGAUAACAUUUACUUGGUCUGGAGAGCUUUAUGUUUAAUUUUUGUGUUUUUUUUAAAUAUAUCCAACAGUGAAGAAAUUCCCAGGACAAAUGCACACAACAGUGGUUAAAAAAAGAAGUUCUUGGAAUCAAUGUGACUAACCUGAUCUUAUCUAGCUUGUCCGGCUUGUGCUAAUAAUUAGCUUGUCAGUCACUGCAGUUAACCAGUAGUUAGUUCUGUUUCCAGUUAAAACUUUUCUCUGACGUUGUCUCUGGAAUAAACUGUAUUUGCUGUGGUUUGGUGGUUUGGUGCCUCUUAAACCUCAGCUUUCAAAACUUCACAACAGUCUACUGUUCAUUUGCCUAUUUAGUCCUCUCCUCUUACUUUAUUUUUUAGAUUAACAACAGGAAGUACUUAAUGUUGCAGUGAUUUAAUGCUAAAUGUAGAAAAGACUUGUUCUAAGACACCCACCUUGUAUAUCAACUUGUGCUGGGGGAAUAUGAAGGUUUAUUCAUCCACAUGAUCAGAUAGUCAAACUCACUUUCUCAGCCAGCAGCAUAUAUGCAGCCUGUCAGAGCGCAAAGAUGGUAGAGCUGCCAGUGUGCUGGUCUGUUGUUUAUGUGGGAACUACGCUAAAGGCAUGUCAGGACCCCCGUAGUUGGGAGACAUUUAUCUUUAAACAUCAAAUAUUUCAAGACAGCUCAUCAAUUUCACACAAAAGCCUGUGGACACUAACACAGACACACAUGAAGUGCACACACCCCCAUACAGCUUGAGGUGAAACACAAAGACAGUGAAAGACGUGAAGGGGAGGAUGUGAAUGAAAAUUCUCCGAUUUAUUCUGCUCUCCUCUGGCUUUGUUUUGGGUUAAUGUAUUUCGAGUAAUGAGACCACAAAACCACAGAAAUAGUAAAUAAAAAAAGUUGAACUGAUGGUGGUGAAGUGCUUCUGAUGUGCAACUUCACAAACUCUUUUAUUCCUCUCUUCUUCUUAUCUCUCUAUCUUACAUCACCAUCCUCCCUCACCUCUUCUAUGAAUGCUUGUGUCACACCCCCACCCCCCCAGUCCACUCAUCUGGAACCAUUCUCCCUCUGCUUCACAUCGUUUCGUACCCAUUUUCAAUCUCAAAAAACAUCCAUCCUGUUCUUUUAUCUCAGCCCUGAGGCACAAAGCACACGAUGCGAUUGGAUUUCCAAAUAUACCAAACAUAUGUAGUGUUACUGGGUGUGUGUGUUUGCUGUUUAAUGAAAGAGUCAUUAAUUAAGAUAACAUUCUCCAACAUCUACCCUGAAGCGUCGCCUUUUGCUGAAUGUAGCCAGACAUGGGAUUGAAAUUGAUUUCUCUUACUUGUAGCCUGAAGACAUAAUAGGAUGGCCUCUGCUUGAUUUUCCCAUAAGCCCCAUAGGUGCUGCCAUUGCUUGAUGCCCAGAAGUUAUAGUUCAAGAAUCUCAGAUAGCAAUGUGGCUUUUUGACUGACCAUACCAGUAUCUUAGCCUGUUAGGAUAAAUUCUAGAUACUAUCACAUAUAUGUUCUCUAUUUGGCAUUUUGGAGUACAAACACAUUGUGACUUCACAUCGUUUUAGAUUAAGGUACGUUGUGUACUUGAAGUAGUUUCGGACAUGGUCAUGCCUGCUCAAAGCUAAAGUGUGUCCCAAAGGUGCAGGAGGCAAGAAAAGAGUCGAUUUUCUGCCGAGUCUUGUGUAAAGGGUUUGAUUAAAGUUGGCAUUAUUAUCAAACUGUAAUGGUAAGCUUGGACACACAACAAACAGAGUACUGAAUGCAUGAUAGGAACUAGCCCUCAGGGACACCAAACCUGCCAGAAGCUCCAAACUGCUAACUGUUUGCUGCUGCGCCAACUGUUGAGGAGCAGAGAGAGGCAGGAUGUAGGAGAGAGGAAGUGUGAGGGAAAAAGAGUGAAGAGAGAAAAGAGGAGAGGGUUUAAAUCUGAUCAGUGAAGGUCUAGCAGGAAUUGUUAAUUGUUUUAAAGUGAAAGAAAUGACCAUAUAUAGAACUGGGGGAUUCAGAAGUAAGAGCCUAAUUGUGUUUGACCACAGUGAUGAUUUCUUCCCCAGAGAUUGAUAAAAUAUACCUCCUUAUACCUUCAAACUUACCUGCCAGAUAUUAUGUUGCUGGUUGAAGAGGAAACAAAGAUUAAAAUAAAUGUACUGGUUGCAGAUGCAUUACAUUAUCCCCACUGGAAGUUGGGUGUGUAAGGCACUUCACAGCACAAUAUAGGCUACCCAAGGGCAUCUUUUUGCCACAAUGUUUUUCUAAUAUGGGUGCACAAUGGGGUUUUAGCAUUUUCUUUUGUUUUUAAUUGUUCUGGCACUGUAUGGCACAAGAAUUUCCUCUGAUUGAAUUGAUGCUCCAGAGAGCUUUUUAGUAUAGUCAGGGUUAGCCUUAACUAUAAAAACGGAUUAGGGCCACAUAAAGAGAAAAAAAACUAAUUAAAGAAGGGAGAUUAAAGUCGAAAUUACAAGAUUAAAAAAAUCAAAAUUUCAUGAUUAAAAAAUUGAAAUUAUGUCAAUAAAGUCGAAAUUUUGAGAUUAAAAAAAUUACAUUUUGAGAUUAAAGUCGAAAUUUUGACUUUAUUCACGUAAUUUUGAUUUUUUUUAAUCUUGAAAUUUCAACUUUAAUCUCGAAAUGGAAAUUAGAAAAAUCUCCCUCCUGUAAUUAUUUUUUUUCUGUUCUUGUGGCCCUCAUCCUCUGCCGCAGGCAGAGUGCUGGCGGAAAGUUAAAAUGUCCUGAAAAUUUUUUUUUUCACACACCAAGUGAAAUAUUUCAAGACUUUUUUGUUUGAAUCUUGAUAAUUAUGGCUUACAGCUCAUGAAAAUCAAAAGUCCUCUAAUUAAAAACAUCAGAAUAUUACAAAACACCAAUCCAUUGAAAGGAUUUAUAACACAGAAAUGUUAGCCUUCUAGAAAAUAAUGUUCAUUUAUGCACUGAGUUAAUAGUCGGGGCUCUUCUUGCAUGAAUGAAUGCAUCAAUGCGGCGUGGUAUGGAGGCCAUCAGUCAGUGGCGUUCAGCUCUCCUUGACUUCAGUGUCCCUCAUCUUUCUCUCAAUGAUAUAACAGAGAUUCUCUGUGAGCUGGCUGGCUGGCCUGUCAAGCACAGUAAUACCAUGGUCAGCAAAACUGUUUGGGUACUUUUGGCACUGUAGGCAGGUGCUAGGUCCUGUUGGAAAAAGAAAUCUGUAUCCCCAAAAAGCUUCUUAGUAGAUGGAAGCAGGAAGUGCUCUAAAAUGUUAUAUGAGACUUUAGGCUGCAUUGACUCUGGACUUGUUUAACACUGUGGACCUGGAGGCUCUGGGACCUUGAUUUCCAAAUGAGAUGCAAAAUUUACUUUCAUCUGAAAACAGGACUUUGGACCACUAGGCAGUAGUUCAGUGUUUUUUUCUUCUUAACCUAGGUGAGACACAUAAGACAUCAUCUCCGGUUCAGGAGAUAUUUGACAGUAGGAACAUAACACUAGUGGUCUGUUUUCUGGACACGUCUGUGUGGAGUAGUGUGUAGGGGCUCUUGAUGGCCUGUCUCCAGCCUUAGGCCACUUCUUGUGAAGCUCCUCCAAGUUCUAUAAUCUGUUUUGUUUGACAGUCCUCUCAAGGUUGAAGCCCUCCCUACUGCUUGUGCACCUAUUCCUCCCACAUGUUUCCCCUCCGUGCAGCACUUGGUGAACAGCCAGGCUUUCUAGCAAUGACCUUCAGAGGCUAACCCUCCUUGUGGAGUGUGUCAGCAAUCUCUUUCUGGACUAACUGUCAUUUAGCAGUCUUCCCAGUGAUUGUGUGUUUGUGUAUGGAACCAGAAUGAGAAAUAAAGGCUCAGUAAACAUUAGCAAGUGCUCAGAGUCAAUAAGCUGAUUAGAGCUCUUGUCAGGACUGAAGUAACUGACAAGAAACUGGACUUUGUCACAGUAUUCUAAUGUUUUAAAGACAAUGGAUUUUUGAUUUUCAUGAUUGUAAGCCAUUAUCUUCAAGAUUCAAACAAAUAAAGUCCUUUAAUACUUGAAUUUGUGUAUAAUGAAUCUAGAAUAUAUGGAAGUUUCACUUUUUGAUUAAAAUAUUGGAAAAAUGAACAUUUUCAGGUCAUUCUACAUUUCUUAAGUUGCCCCAGUAUUCGAUCUCCAUUCAUUGCCCAUGCCUGUUUGCUCCUCUCUCUGCUCAGCUGGUGUUGGUGUGUAAACUAGUACUGACUUUUAUGUGAACGAGACCCUUUCUGAAGAGACCAACCCCAGAAACCAUAAUAACCCUCAAAAGCAUUCCUUGAUAUGUAAAGAUGUGCAUAUAAUAUAUUCACAAGUGUCAAAAUUUUACUGAUCAAAUAACCUAAAGUAAUGCAAAAUAUAUCCUAAUACCGUCUCUCCUUAUCCCUCCUCUCUUUGUCACUGUGUGUGUGCACACAGCUACUGGUAUUGCAAAUUAAGGACCUGUUUUUUUAUGUAAAUGAGAUCAUUUUCUCGUAGCUUUACCCUUGAAUCCACUCUUACUAAAGUAUAGCAGACAGCCUUUUAAGUUCAGGGAUGGCCUUAAACUUUGGGUAAAACUUUUGGGAAAGACAAGGUUGACAGCAGCAACUCACACAGCCUGUAUGAGGGCUCUGAAGCAACCGUGGCGGUCACAUGGCCAACAGACAUUCUCUGUGAAACAGGGUCUAGGAAGGACUUUAAAAGAAAAAGUCUGAUAUCAGUCUAUAUUAAUUUAGAUAAAUGCAUUUGAGUUCUGGGACUUAAGAUCUCAGAUGCUUUCCACAAACAAGGUUGUGCCAAUGACAGAUUCAAUCAGCCAAACUAGGCUGUGUUUGCUGCAAUGAUCAAUCAACUUUCUUUAGGCAAGAAUGAAGUAUAAAGAUAAUACAGCUCUCUGAUUUCAGCUAGUGGUCAAAAUGCACUUUUUAGGUUGUUCAAGCUGAUUCUUAGAUGGAAAGGUUAUGAACAAAUUCACAAUCAAGCACCAUAUUACAAUUUCAAAUGACUGUGGUGGGCUGACAUUUCUCAGAUCAUUAAUCAUAAAAACAGAGCAGCGCCUCAAGUCCAAAGACUGAGCAGCAGGCAGGAAUGAUGGAGAGGAAGUUUGGAAGCAUAACUUCAACUUGUCUAAAGAGCCUAAAGAGUAUCCAAAAAAGACAAGUGACUGACAACACUGUCACUUAGGUGUCAGAAAACCUGCAGUGCAGGUAAAAUGUGUUCAGCUAGAGAGAAAAACACGUGAGGCAAACAGGACGGUAAAAAUACAGGACUGACAGUGAGCAGUUGAAGGCUCCACCAAGACCUGAUUUUUCUUGGUAGUUCUGUAUGAUUAUACUUUUAAGGAAUGAAUUAAAGUUAUCUUCUUUCUUCUUUAUCUUCUUGUUCUUCCUCUUAUCUUUCUUUCCAUCUGUGCUCUUGAAAACGCUUUCUCUACCUAAUCAAAUAAUUGUCUCUUUCCCUGCAGAAUGACUAUCGAAAGCUGUCCAUGCAGUGUAAGGACUUUGUGGUGGGCGUGUUAGACCUCUGUCGGGACACAGAAGAAGUGGAGGCCAUCCUUAACGGUGACGUGGACCAGUGUCCUCCAAGCCCCUACAAUCGACCCUGCCUUAGCCGAGUCAUACUGGCCAUCAAGUAUGAGGUCAAGAAGGUAUAAUAAACAUCAAAAUAACUGAUAUAUCAGUAAUGUGUGAAUGUGAAAGACUGCAGGGACUUACCGUUGCUUUAUAGACUUAGGUCAAAUGCCAGGGGGGUCCAGAAUUUUUUUUACUUUAUGUUGGUAUGAAAACAAUGAAGUAUCCCUGUACCUAUAUACCUGGCUGCAGUGAGCUGUAAUGCCACUUUUAAGCAAGCUUAAAGGGAUAUUUCAGUGUAAAAUUAAGUUAGGGUCAAACACAACAUAACACCAAGUUGGCCACCCGUCCAGAGAUGAAUGUUGCCAACCGCUUACUUCUCGAGUUAUACCAACUUUAGUAAUGACUGCAGGAUAGUAAUACACAGCAGUCUCAGGAGCCACGCGCACACUUCAACCAAUACGCCACUCCACAAAUAAUGCUCAGAACAGCACCUAACUUCAUCAACAGUACAUAUAGGGUCCCAGCCACAGCACUAGCCACCAAACAUCUUUUUGUUUGGUGGCUAGUGCUUUGCCUGAUUUCUUUAGCAAAGAGACUAAACACAACUCACCUACUCUCUUCCAGCAGCUGCUUGUUUGUAGCCCAUUACGAACUACAGCUGGGUGACGCAGCUCAAGGAAGAAAAUUUAUGAUCAUUACUUGAUCAUUUCCCAGAAGUAAUAAUCACCAUCAUAACCAUUUUUGCACUGCAGACGCAUUAGUUUUUCUGCCGUAGCGUCUCGGUCUGAUUGCAUUUCCAUGAGGAAAUGAUCAUAAAUGUUCUUCCUUGAGCUGCAUCACCCUGCUGCAUUUGGUGAUGGACUUUGAGGUCUCCGUACAAACAAGCGGCUGCCGGAGAGUAGGUGAGUCGUGUUUGGUCUCCUUGCUUAAAAAAAUUAGGCAAAGUUAAAAAGAUGUUUGGUGGCUAGUGCUGUGGCUGGGACCCUAUAUGGACUGUUGAUGAAGUUAGGUGCUGUUCUGAGCAUUAUUUGUGGCUAUAGAGUGGCGUUUUGGUUGAAAUGUGCGCGUGGCUCCUCAGACACUGUGUAUUGCUAUCGUGCGGUCGUCACUAAAGCUGGUAUAACUAGAGAAGCAAGCGGUCAGCAACAUUCAUCUCUCGAGGGGGUGUCUUACUGGGUGUUACGGUGUGUUUGACCCUAACUUAGAUUUAUGUCGGAAUAUCCCUUUAAGCAAGCAGGUUUCUGUUAGUCAUAUUAUUCACUUGUAUGUUUUCUGUAUUUUUAUGUUUUUUUGGUCUCUGAAUGCCUUCUGUAAACAACAAACUGGCUUAAAUGUUAGAAAACUAAUCCCUGCUGACGAAAGGUGUUUUUACAAAAUGUCAAACGUAAUCCUUUUUCCCAUUGCCCUUCACCAAACUCUGUUUAUUUUAUGAAGAAACACACACAAACACUCACUCACACACACACACACACACACACACAUUUCUGUUUGACCUUCAUAGCCGAGAGUCUUUAAGCAGGUAUUUCCCCAGCGUGAGUGUGCCUGUGUAGGUGCACGUGUUUGUGGCGGGCAGUACACAGCCUGUUUGUGUUCUCUUCCUGUGCUAAAUUGCGUGACCAAUUCUCAGAGAGCUAAUUACACAGGAGGCAAGAAAAAAGGGAGGGAUGGAUCGUCAUGGAAACCAGGUGGGGCAUAACUGCUUGUAGAGCAUGGGGCUGAGCGGAGGCAGGGUUCAUGUCACGGGUCACUGACUUAAUGGAUUGGUCACUGCUGGGAAAUGAAGUUAACAAUGAUGGUGGCUGCGUGUGGUUACCUGCUACAUGUAGAAACGAUCGAGGGUGUAUAUACCGAACAUGACUGAAAAAACAAAGAGGCUAACUGAAGUCCAGGGAGGGCAGGUUUGACAAAAUGGAGGCCUGCUGAACAAAUCUUUGAUGAGAACGAAAAACGAUACACAAACGCUAAGCUUGACUGUUACACUAGUCAACCUCCUACUGAGCAUUGAUUGCUCUGCUGUUCGCAUCCUUCCUCCAGCAGGAACAAAAACAUCCAUCCACUCCUUCCUCAGCAGACUGCUGGUUGCUCUCAUUUAUCUCCUCCUUUUUCUGCCACCAGAUGCUGAAAAGCCAGACCAAGCUCUGUCUGGCAGAGCAAACAUGCUCUAGUAAUGAAUGUAAACACUCAGUGAUUCCUAUUUUCUGCCUGCUCUAUUUUGCACGCUGCCUGCCUAACUGAUUCUCCAACCUCUUUGUUGAUAGUUUUUCAUACUAAAUACAGCCAAGAGGCGGCUGUGAAUUCUAGCGUGCUGUGAAUAAUGUAUUUUUAUCGCAAUGAUUACUCAACAGAUCUGAGCUGAAUAAAAAGCAGUCUGCAUACUCAGGUUCUGGGGGGGUACCUUGAAUAUCAGGUUACAUUGUCAGGUCACAUUAAUGUCACAUCAUAUGAUAAGGUUACCCCCCAUGAGUAUGAUACUUAUUUUAUAACUAAAGUGAUUUUACUCUUAAAAAGUUAACGCAAUUUAAAAGCACCAAAGAGCACAAAGAGUGUAAAAUAAACAAGAUUUAAUCUUCUGCUUUUUGUUUAAAAAUUAAAACAGGGUUUUAGAGUGAGACUCGAGUGGAAAAAUGGUCCAGAGGUAGCACAAAGGACCAUCAAAACAACAUCAUUUAUUGAAAAUAAACCAACAAUAGGUCCAUGACACAAAAAAAUCUCAUACAUAAGUUGCAACAGGUGGAUGAAAUCUAGUAUCAUUGUCGUGGAUGGCGUUUUCUUCUGAUGUUCAGUAACCAUACUGAGAGACACAUGGGAUUUAUCAGACGGUUUAUUCAAGGCAGUAUCAUGGUUAGCCAUUGCAUGAGCAGACGAGCAGUGCAAUAACAAUGACAUAGACUGGCAUGGCAAUGUUGUAAGUGAAGCAUUUAACUUAAGGUCACUGUAUGGUCAGUUUGUGGUCAGCAACACGUCUAACUUGACUGUAUUGAACCUCUUAAAUGUUCAAAGUCAUGCGCUAUUACAAAGGGACUACUGAGGAAGGAUACAUGGAUAUAGAACUAGUAGUUAAUCGAGAACACUCACAAUAUAAAAGGUUGAAUAUGAAGGUGUUGAAAUAAAUGCGAUCAAAUCAUCAGAAUCCCCCCAAAAAAAACAUGUCUCACGUAUCACUCCUAUACAGACUUUGAUUAGCUGGAUCAUGAGAAGUGAGAGGAAAAGAACAUUUUGAAAACCUUCUAGCAGAAUUUAGUGUUUGUGUGUAAACAUCUAGACAGAUUUUUGUAUUCUCACUGUAUUUUUUCCGCAAGGUUGUUUUCUACCAGAUAAUGAGCCCCAAUAUAACUCUGUCUCUGCUGUCAGUGUGGUAUAUAAGCCACCUUCCUCCUGUGUGUGACCACUGGGCUAUUUUAAUUCAGCUGAAUAUUUGGAGUCAAGAUGUUGCUUAAUGUGCUUCUGUUGUUGAAACUUCAUAGAUUUCUCGGGGGGGACUGCUGAAACAAUCAGAAAAAAAAUGCAAAUACUUUAAGACGACAGGCUGGGAAAAGCAGAUUGCUUUUUUGAAGGGUCUUUCUACUGCUAAUUGCAUCUUUUCUCUGUUGUUCCUUCAGCUCUGUGCCCACAUCGUCUCUCCAGAAUAAUUAAUUGUUUUAAAUUUCUUGUCCAUCCCUCCCUGCAGUUUGUUGCCCAUCCCAACUGUCAGCAGCAGCUGCUAACUAUUUGGUAUGAGAAUCUUCCCAAUCUGAGGCAGCAGUCUGUCGGAGUGAAGUGCUGGACGGUGCUGGGGGUCACUGUGGGUCUGCCCUUCCUGGCCAUCUCCUAUUGGAUAAUGCCUUGUAGCAAGGUAUGGACACACAUAUACACACUCCAAGAAAAGAGACCCACUGUACUACAAAAUAGGACUGACAAAUACCAAGAAACUUUAGGCUAACUCAGAGUCUGUAUUUCCUUUAAGUUGGUUUGCCUCUGACCAGGGAAUACUGCAAGUUUCCUUAUGCUGGUUCAUGGUUCAUGUGAAGUUUUCUGAAACAAUCCAAGCUGCCAACAGUGGAGCCUUGUUUCUUCUGAUUUUAGGCAGACUGUGGUUUAUUAGCUGAGGGUUAGGGAUAUUCCAGCGUAAAAUUAAUUUCGGGUCAAACACACCGAAACACCCAGUUAGACACUCCCUCUAGAGAUGAAUGUUGCCGGCCGCUUGCUUCUCUAGUUAUACCAACUUUAGUAACGACUGCACCAUAGCGAGACAUAGCGGUCUGCGGAGCCAUAAACAAACCUCAACCAAAACGGCACUCUAUAGUCACAAAUAAUGCUCAGAACAGCACCUAACUUCAUCAACAGUACAUAUAGGGUCCCAGCCAUAGAACUAGCCACCAAACAUCUUUUUAACUUUGCCUAAUUUCUUUAGCAAAGGGUUGUGGUUGUUACUUAAGUUGGUUUAACUAGAGAAGCAAGCGGUUGGCAACAUUUCGAGGGGGUGUCUAACUUAGUGUUACGGUUUGUUUGACCCUAACUUAAUUUCACGCCGGAAUAUCCCUUUAACUUUAAGUCUCCCAACUACACUUUGUCUCCAUGAGGCUGCAGUGUGUUUCUGUCAAAGGUAAACCAUGAAGAAAGCAUUGUUUUAAACAUCCAAACUUUUUAAUCACAUUGAUAACAGAACACUCCCAAAAAGAAACUAUGUAAUUAAGUACAAAUAAAUGCUAACAGCAAUAAAACAACUCUUUUACAGCCUGUGAACCCCUUAAAAUUAGUACUGACCAGACCAUUUGUGACUUAUUGAAAUCACUUUGAUUGAUUCUAAUGGCAAAAUGACUAUUAGUGAAAUUUUAACCCCUAAAUAUUGGUCAAAAUAUUGUCGUCAAUGAGGUGGUGCGACAGACAGAAAAAAAACACAAGCUACAGAAACAAGCUGCAAAAACACCAUGGUUUUAUUUUUGAGAAUCUCUGUGCAAUCAUCAUUUUAUAAUGGAGGCCCGAGGCACUUCAGCACAGGCUGUUAAUACUCCAUCGAGCAAAUUACAAUUUGUAAAGUGACACAGUAUGACAUAAACACACACACACACAUACAUGUACGCGCACACAAACAAAAUCUCACACCAAGCUGAGUGCAGAUCUGCUCAUCAACCUAGAUAAUCCUCGUCCUUGACAUCAAGUGGUUUUCUGUUUGUUUGUGUGUAUGUGUGUGUGUUGGAGAACAGUUUUGAGGACCUUCAAGUGGGUCCAGUCAGGUGUGUCUAUUGAACUAAUAAUUUGUACACUGAGAUCAGCAGAUCUCGAGUAUGUGGGAGAGCAAUGACACUGAGAGCAUCUCAACCAGAGAGACGUGAAUUCAAUUAUGAGACAAGAGCAGCUUCUGACAUCAGUGUGUCCAAAAACACCUGCGAAUGCUAAUAUUUCCAUUUGGUUAAUAAUAAAAACAACCAGAGAACUAAUCUACCAUUUACUGGUGCAGGUGAGAGUAGAUGUAUUAUUACUGUGAAUAUGAAUAUGCAUGCAAUAUGUAAGAGCAGUUUUAUGCUUGAAAAAGUAAUAGACAGAUUAAACCAUAGCCAAGAAACAAAACGAAUGCAUAUGCAUGCAUAUGAUGGUGUGACAGCUGCUCACUAGAGACAAAAGAGUGAUAAAUGGAUUGGACAAGAUCACCAACAGAUUUGGGUUGCCUGUGUGCCCUCCAUCACCUGAAGCCUAUCUUGUAAUUUUGUUCUGUUCAGCUCACCAAUUGCUCAUCUCUUGCAGCGCAUAAUAUUCUCCAUUUCCACUCCACCGUUACAAAUUACCAUCAGAGCCCUCAAACCAAACCACAUUUCUUAUCAGCAGGGAGAGAUAAAGAAGAUAUUAAAAUUUUUUGCAGCACAAGAAUACCAGUAAGUAAUAAGUUAUCAAAAAGAUAUGAUCGGAGGGUGAUGAAAACCAGAUGCUUAUUUGAUGUUAAAUGAUUCUUAUUGAGAUAAAGGAGUGGGAAAAAGAAAGCACACUUGUAGUGGUGUGACAUACAUUACAAGGUGUAAAAUAGGAAGAAGCUUUGGAUUUUCCAGAGUGACAGAACACAGAAAACAAAAUAAGAGCAUCUAAUGUGUUAGGAGGAAAAUGUGUGAAAGGCCGUUGAGUUCAUUUCUGUCUACUACAAGCUUUGAGGUUCAGCCAAGCAAUUACUAUGCUGUAAUUUUUUUUUUAAUAGACUUUUAUUGCCUGGUUCAAUUUGUUGCAUCUUUUUAUUGAUUCUCUAUUACUUCAGUGAUUCAGUGCGGAGAGAAGGAAACAAGAACAAAGCAAGAAAACAGAAAAGGAAAUAAAGAAACCUAAUAAAAGGAAGGAACUACUGUGAUUUUGUCAUUAAUUUUGUGUAUAUGGUUAUGAUGCAUCUUGUUAAGAGAGAGCUGAAGAGGAGCAAGAACAAAAGCAGAAGCUCGACACUGUACACAAGAGUGAGAAUCCCCAUAAUUUACUGUCAUUAAACCACAGAGUGAACAGCAUGACAGAGGGUGUUUCCUGCAUUGAGAUAAGUGUUCAUUCAGAGUGAAUCCCUGUCUGCAAACAUGAAUAGACGUAAGUCAGGAUUGACUCUCCCAGGUGAAAAUGUUUCAGGGAAUGAUAAAGGGCAGAGCAGCUCUGUUCUGCUCUUUUGUGGACUUUUCAUUUCAAUCCAAACCUUGUUUAUUUACACACGCCUGCUGCCAGCGGCCGCUGUUCUGCAUUUGGAGGGAAGAUCAGCACUCGUCACAACUGAUAAUAAAAAAGAAACCCACCGUGUUUGCAGCCUCUCCGCGGCAGUCAUCCAUAUCUGUGGUGACCGUCUCGAUUAAUCUGGGCGCUUAAAUGAAUCAUUAUUAUUGUGAAAGGAGAUGGGAUAAACAAAUGAGUCUGAGCCAUCACAGAGGCAGACGGCGCAUCAGAGAAGGUUUGCAGGGCUGAGAUUAACCAGACAUGCCUUUCUGUCAUGGUUCAAUUGUGAGAGUGGUAGGAGAGCAGCUAUUGGGUAUGACGUGUUAUUGUGCAUGCAGAGAGUAGAGGUAUCCUGUGGGUAGUUAAUAUUGAACACAGCAGGUUUAGAGAGAGGCAAAUGUUGAGAUCACAAUGAUGUCUGCACGGGUUGGGAAGUGCGCUGGUGUGAAUGUGUAUUUUUCGAUGUAAUGUUGCAUCAUAUAUUCCCAGAUGGUGCAUUUUCAUAAAUAAUUGUCCAGUAUAUAGAAACUCUGUCAUUAUAUUUCUGUGAAAAUGGCUGGUGGUUGACCGCAGCAGUAAAUUACAGCAGCUGCUGUUUGCGUGCUAAAAUGGUUGUGUAGUGGUGCUUUUCAGAUUUUUAUCUCUAAGGAGCAAAAUCUCUGCGACUGUGCAAAUCCCUCUGAUUUACAUGAAACAGGUGUUUUCCUUAGCUUUGAUUUCACUGCUUUGCAUAGCAGUUUUUUUAAGAAACAAAUGGUACCGCAGUAACAUAAUGAUGCUAAUGCGCCAUCUUCUGGGUAAAACACCUUCUCCUGCAUUUAUCCUAUGGAGUACAGGAUACAGUUCACUUUUUAUAUGGCAAAAAAUGUUACGAAUAGCAUUUAGAUAUAUACUCAUAAAAUAUACCUGCUGCAAAGUUGGUGGAGGCAAAAUUAGAUCUAAAAACCUCAUGGUUCCAGGGUGUUUAUUGUAGAGUUAAUGAGGCAAACUUAUUAAUACAGAUAUUGCUGUGUGUAUUAGAUUCUUCAAAUAGAAAACAAACACUUAAAGUUUCUUAAGAGCUGAUUGUGUCUCCAUAAUUAACAAACCAGUCUUUCUCUUUUAAGUAUUUAGACACCACAAAUAACAGACCUCUCUAUUAACCAAUCUCUUCUUACCCCCAGCUGGGUCAGAUCCUGAGGAGUCCCUUCAUGAAGUUCGUGGCUCACGCUGUCUCAUUCACCAUAUUCUUGGGUCUCUUGGUUAUCAACGCCUCCGACCGCUUUGAGGGGGUCAAGAACCUGCCCAACGAGACCAUCACAGACCACCCCAGACAGGUGUUCAGAGUCAAGACCACCCAGUUCUCCUGGACAGAGAUGCUGAUCAUGAAGUGGGUGCUGGGUGAGUCAUCUCGUGGCCCUUAGAUUGCCCCGUCCACACAUUGUGAGGCACCGUAACAUCCAAUCAAACAUCCAAUCAAAAUGCAAAUGGGAGUAAAAAAAGUCCCUGUCAAAGCAGAUCCUCCAUCCUGAUAAGACCCAUGAGAGAGUUGAGGUAAAAUGUUUCCUGGUGGAGUUUCACAUUUACUUUUCAAACAACAAGGAACAACAAGGAUAAGACAGCAAAGUGUCGAGAUUUUUCAAUACAAUUCAGGAACGUUAUUGAUCCCCAAAGGGAAAUUCAUCCGUCUGAAAUCGCAUGUAAUCUACUAUUUAUAGAAGGAUUAAAAAGUCAUUCUAAGUCUCUUCAGUUCAACCGUCUCUGGGAGGCAAUUUCUGAAAAGAGAUGAACAAUUUUCUCCAAACUUUGAUAAAAGGCACAAUUUUGAAAGAAUGCACACAGCCCCAUAACAACCUCUCGAUGAAAGCACGGGCUGAAACAAUAAACAAAUCGUUCUCUUUUAUUCUCCAAAGAUCAAAUAGAAGCUUCAAAUCUGGAUGCAGACUUGCUGUUGCAGGGAUCACACUGAGUCUAGACAAUAAGCUAGAAGGGUAUUUGGAGGUUGACCUGAGAGCUGGUUUCAGAAGAGGGAUUAGAGGGCAGUGUACAGAGAAAGACGGAUGAAGAAGCAGUUAAAGGAGCCAGAUGAAAGUAAAAGGAGGAGUGGAGAAGAAGACAGACUCGAAGAAGACAGGGAAAGAGACAGGGAUGACAGGAAAACAAAGACAAACUCAACAGAUAAAUAGCCCGUGGCAAUAUCUGUCAGACCUCAGCUGCUUCCCAUCUGCUGAUGUUCUUGCUUUCUACACACUUAAGUACACACAUCUAAUAGAAUUAUGUGAGUGCUUUGUGUAUGUUGGUGCACAUAUGGUUGUGCUUUUAUUUGUUUACGUGUAAUGGCGCCAUCCUUUUCCCAGGCAUGGUAAUUUUUUGGCAGCAGGUGGUUGUUGUGUGUUUUCCCAAGUCUGUGUGAGUGUUUGUGUAUUUGUGCGUGUGUGGAGUGCAGUGGCUCGGGUAGAGCAGGGUAAUUGUAAUUCCAGCCGCAUGCUUUGAAGGCCCAGUAAUUGUUAUAGAGAUGAUACUGAUCAGGGUUUCCUUUUCAGUAAGCAAUUUUCUCCUUGUUUCGGCUCCAAAUGGAGAAUGACAGAGUGGAUGCGUGGGUGGAAUCAGGCUUUUCACUGAGUGUGUGUUUGUGUUUGUGUGUGUGCACCUGAGCUCUAAAUGGAGGUGUUUGAGUAGUGGGGUAUACAUUAUUAGCUUUGUUGUAGAGAUCUGUUGUUUGGGCAAAUCCCUGCAUGUAGAAACUUGUUUCUCUUUGUGUGAGUGCCUUUUCCAGCUCCUUCAUCCCAGUCUAUUUUUGUCGUCCUCCUCUGUUUUCCAUCUUACCAUUGUGUAUUCAUUCUUAUGUAUACAGUAUGUAUUUAUGCGUGUCUCCUCCUCUCUCAGGUAUGAUCUGGUCAGAGUGUAAAGAGAUCUGGAGUGACGGGCCCAGAGAGUACAUCAUGCAUCUGUGGAAUGUUCUGGACUUUGGCAUGUUGUCUAUCUUUGUAGCAUCUUUCACAGCACGCUUCAUGGCGUUCCUCAAGGCAUCCAAAGCCCAGCAGUAUGUAGACAUGCAUGUACCUGACGAAGACCUCAGCAAUGCAUCACUGCCUGAGGAAGUCGCCUACUUUACAUAUGGUGAGUAAAAAUAUGGAUGAAGCGUGAGCGGUGUUAGCUAUACAGCUCCGGAUGGAAGGUUUUCAAGAUUUCCAUACAUGUUUUGUUUCGUUUGCUGUUUUUUUGUGUGUGUUUACUCAAAAUUUCCCAAAAUAGAUAGAUAGAUGGAUGGAUGGCUUUAUUAAACCCCAAAGGGAAAUUCAAUAGUUAUAGCAGUCUGGCAAUAUACAAUAAAAUAAAUAAAAUACUGAAAAGACCUUAAAUAGAAUACCUGAAUACUAUGAAUCUUACUACAACCAGUUGUCGCUAGGACAGCGCCAUCUAAAAUCUAAAAUAUAGUGGCCUAACGUGAUACUUUUUUCUUGGUCUCCCAGGCUACUCUGACACCUUUUAGUAUCUGGAAUGUUUAUUCUCUUUCUGCAGCAGAUUAGUGAACCUUCCAGUUUCUUAUCUACCGAACAAUUUUCCCCACAAAAAGCCAAUUUAACAACACCUGAUAAAACGCCAACAUAUUUAUGAAGUGCUUGAGCCGGCGUGUUACCUCAGUUAGUGAUAAGGCAGCAAAUUGGAUAAAUACGUGUUCAAAAAUGUCAGGAUUAACUCAAACCCUGAGCAGGAGCGUGGCUUUGUGGUCUAGAAUAACAAUGUAGAUACAACAUGUCUAACUCAAGUGUCUCGAAUAUUUUCGUACAAAUGGUUACGUUUUGUGUUCCACUCAGAUUGAACAUAAAUACUUUCCAAACGUCCUGUGUGUGCAUGAGGAGUGUGCAUGUUGUUCUUAUCUGACUGUUAUGGGGAAAUAUUUGAGAUCACAACGCUGCAACACUUUCACUCCGCUACUCCAAGAGAAACUCCUCCACAGCUUCUUAAAACACAGCUGCAGGUCACACAGGACUGUACACUUCAUUGUGGGUGACUCAGAGAACCUUCAUCAGUGCUGUCAUCUGGUGGUGUGAGUCUGACAUGACACAUCAGACAAUAAAGAUGGUAGUGUACUGGAGUUUGUGUUAUUUUUCUUAGAGUUACUCAUACAUUCCCUUGUCUUAACUUAACAGCGCAAACAGUAUGUGUGAAUUAUACUCCAGUUGUAAAGAAAAAAGUAGAGAUUCCCAUGUUUUCUCUCAUAACUAUUGUAUUUAUCCUCUCCGUGUACAUGUCUGAGUGUCUCUUUUGCUUCCCCUCCCUUUUUUCCUCCCACUCUGUCCUCCAUGAGGGAUAAUUCUUUUCCACACUGUCCGACAGCCUCAUUUUUAUUUUCUUCCCUCCCUUCUUACCCGCAUCCUCCCGUCUUAUUCCCUCUUUGUGUAAUCCUCCCUUUUACUAGAACUUCUUCUGCAAAGCCCACAUUCCUUAGAGGCAAGAUUACACUCCUUAAACAUCCUUAACAAACAUUUAGAUCCUUCUGUCACCAAAAGUUUGUUCAGCGCUCAACAUCCAGCCAAAGAAGUGUUCAAUCUCACAAAAUGUUUGAUGCUGCAAUAAAAGAAAAUGUAACAUUAAAAAAACCCUUUGAUCCAUUUUAAAAUCUGGUCUUAAUAUUGCUUGAAAUUCUCUAUGGAUAUGCUGCUGUGCAAGAUUAUUGGAUGCUAUUAAGGUGAUUAAGUUUACUCUUCUUGCAUACCUAAUGCAUCAGAAUUUUUCAAGUGUGAAAGUAUUAUCUGGGUGAAAUCCAAAGCAGGGAUCUAUUUAUUUCCCGUAAGACCAGGGAAACAAACAAACAAACACUGAACUCUCCGGCUUGACUCCACAGAUGCUCAUUCAGAUGAAACAUCAGCAGCUUACUCAGCCACUCUUUUUUUUUUUUCCCCCUCUCCUCCAGCCAGGAACAAGUGGCGCCCCUCAGACCCUCAGAUCAUCUCAGAGGGCUUGUACGCCAUCGCUGUGGUACUGAGUUUCUCUCGCAUCGCAUACAUCCUGCCAGCCAAUGAGAGCUUCGGCCCGCUGCAGAUCUCUCUGGGGCGUACGGUCAAAGACAUCUUCAAGUUUAUGGUCAUCUUCAUCAUGGUGUUUGUGGCCUUCAUGAUCGGCAUGUUCAACUUAUACUCAUACUACCUGGGAGCCAAGUACAAUCCUGCCUUCACCACGUGAGUAAUGCCCGGCAGCAGAUGUGUUGUUUUUUUUUUUUCAAGUGUGAGUCUGUGAGUUGUGUCUAAUCAUUUGACUAAAGAAAAGUGAAGUUUAUUUAUGUGGUGCCUUGAAAAGAGCGAGGCCAUAAAGUGCCUUGCAAAGUUAACUGUAAAAAUAAGUCUAUAAAAAACUGUCAAAUAAAAACGACCAAUAAAACACAACCACUCAUAAUUACAAACACUUCUCAGCAGCAAAAGGAAAAGUGAAGGACAGAUUUAGGAAACAAGUUUUAAGCUGCUUAUAAAAAGUUUCAACAGAGACUGAAAAUCAAGAAUCUUGAGGAAGGACACAGAGUUUUAAGAAUGAGCCCUUUAAAAGCACUCUCCUCUUCUUGUCAAGUCACACGCAUUUUUGAGUGUGUGUAUCUACAUCUUUAUGUCUGUACGAACCCAACCUAACUAAUCCAUGUCCCUUCUCUGAUUAUUUGAUACCAUUAUUGGCUGUUGAGAAGAAAAACAAACUUUCAUCAGACUUAUCUGAUUUGGGUCCCGUGUGACUGUAGUCGCUCAACAAAGCCACUGAACAUGUAAAUCCCGGGGAUGAUCUCAAUUGGCACUUGUCCUCUUUGAUGAGGCUGUUUGCAGGGUUCAUUAAAUCCUUGGUGCUUUAUCAGUGGCAGCGAUCGAACUCUAAUCUUCCCUUCGGCCUAAUAACAGCAAUCAGGCUGUUUGCUUGUAUUUAAUUGGAGAAUGGUAAAUGGGUUGAACCUGACCAUAAAAUCAAUGCCGAACACUGUGAAAGAUAGUUUUGUCUCUUUUGUGGCUUCAACAAAGUUAUGUGCAGGAAAAUGGGAGUUCUGAACAUAAUUGUGGUCACUGUGUUAAAGUAGAGAGACCACAUCUGCUUCCCAUUAAAACUGCUUUAAAAAAAAAAGCAUCAAGUGAUGUUUUGUGACAAAUGGCAGUGAGAGAUACCAGUGACAGGUUCUGUCUGAACUCUGAGCUAAAGCAUCAAUAGUGUUGAAAUGUCUCAUGUUUGAUAAAAGUAACCUUGAUUUGGCAUGCAGUUAAAGACGAGGCAAAACAUCUCAGGCUUAUUGAUUUUUUUAAAAUCCUUUUGGUUCUGGAUCAAUGUGGAUGUGAAAGCGCUGAGAGCAAGAUGAGCUUUGGGAGAUGUUUUGACAGUGUCUCCGAAGUUUUUGAUGUCAGUCCAAACUAUUUGGCAAAGUUUCUCAGAAGUAAAAGAGCUUUUCCCAUCAUUUAACUAAAUGUCAGAGUGCAGAAAAAAAGGAUUUUAUCAACCAACUCUGCUCUCAGGUAGAAUUUAUCACAAGAAGGUAGCAUUCGAAAAUGAUCAUUGAGACGACUGUACAAGAUGCUUAAUUCCAGUAUGACAAUGUUAUUGUUUCCUAAUUUCCUUCAGUACAGUAAAGUGGUGAGGAGGUUCAGUCCAUCUGUAUUUAGGAAGAGCAAGAUCCAGAGUCCUCCUUGAUAUGCUUAACCUGCAAAGUGUUGCAUUGAACUCAAUCAUGACACGCGUACACGACAAAAUGCUUACAGUGCGUUCUUCUUCUUCUUCUUCUUCUUCUUCUUCUUCAGGAUAAAUAAAGUUAUUCUUAUUUACUUUAAAUUGUCCAAGUCACCAACACAGGAUUUAAGUUACGUGUGUACUUUAUUGCAGGAAAGUUGUUACAUUAUAUAUCAGCUCGCCUGAGAAGUGAUCAACAUGUCCAACAAGUUCUGCAAAAUAUCAAUCUAAACAAAUCGAUGUUUUUGUCCCCCUGCUUCAUUUCAGCUUAUCAGUGUGUCUGAGCGUUCCUUUCACAUCAGCUGCAAACAGAUUGAUGUUGAAUCUUUUAGUGUGUGUGUGUGUAUCUGAUAUUUGUAGAAAAGUUAUCUAUUGCAGGCUGCUGACAGAACCUCUCAGCUAGUACGUUUAUCAUCAUUCAUCAGAAAAUGAAAACCCUCUCUGAGGUGACUUUGUGUCAAAAAAUCAUUCUUCAUUUUCGCAGAGGAAGACAUCUGCAGAUUUAAAGUGAUGACAUUUCAGUCUAAUACAACGAAGUGUGCUUUACCGCUUUGACUGACUGACAUGUAUUUCUUUUUCUGUGACGUAGAAAGAAAAGUGUGUAAAGAGGCGUUUCAUCGGAGAGGCUAAAGUUCAGGUUUGCACCUUCUUGCUUCCAGGCAGCUUAAAAUAAAGAAGUCAGUACUCACUCUGUCUUUUCUUGGCCAGUCAUUAAACAUGUCAAGCUUUUCAUAUCAGUGAAGAACUGAUAGAAAAUGUUAGUCCAGGAACUGACUUGAAUUUUUGCUCUUUGGUAAUUUUUUUCACUCACCAUUUCAAUCCAAUAAAAGCUACAAACAGAUGUGAACAUCUGUCUCCUCAUUGCCUAAACCUGGUGCUGCGGGCUUGUUUCCUGUUGUCGAUACAAAGUGCAUAUCUGGUCUACUUAUUUUCUUUGCCUAAAGUGUUCCCUCUAAGAUUGAACCAAACAAAACUUAUUAGAUAUAACAAUGAGAGCACUGCUGUCAACCUGUAGUCUGGCUACACCUGCAAGCUGUGAAAAUCUCAGGAUUUAAGUUUCCUGGCAGAUCUUACGGUGCUAGAUUCCUUUUCCAUGUCAUUUUUUCAUGUCAGACAUCUGUCUGUACUUAAGUCUUCUUGUCUUCUUGUACCAUACCAAGGAUAUCCAACUAAAACCGAUUGUCCAAACACGUCAAAAAUGAUCUGGAUGUACAUGAAUAUCACAUACGUACAGCCUGAAGAGCAUUGUAAAAGUAGAUUAACACCAAAGUCUUUUUUGUGCAUUUGUGUGUCAUCAAUUGAUGCAGCAUACAUAUUACUACCCCAUCCUCACAUUCAAUUGUGAGUCUGCAAAGCCUGGAAGCUUCAUUAUGUGUUACUGAACUUCUCUAAGUCCGCCUAACAAUCUCUAAUUAUAAAAUAGAGUGUGAUAUGAAUUCUAGUGUAGUGAGCCUUACGCUGUCUUUUCAUCCUCCUCAGGGCUGUGCUCAUACAGUCACUCCUCUCCCUGUCCCCAGCUCAGAGGUCUCAGAGUCUGUAAGUUCUGCUUGGCUGCUCACAUGGAGCUGAAGAUCCAGGCAACGUGAUCAGCAGACAGAAAGAGAGGGGGUUAGCUGGCAAAAAAGGCGUACAGAAAGGUGGAAAAAGAGUCUAAUGAAGCCCAAAUGACCAGUCAGUGAGAUUGCGGUCACAACCUGUGAAUCAGACAUAAAGGAGACUUCCCAAAAAGCAGAGGACAAGUACAGAAAGAACCUCAGACUGAGUAGAUAGAAGUGCCUUAUCAUCACCAUUACACACUAAUUUUCAGCAUGAGUGUGCGGUCCAGCUUUGUACAGUUUUCUUUUAUCACAUGUUCUUCUUCUGUAGAGAUUAACAUCAAGGCUGGUUUCAAAAAUCUGCAUCAUCACAGCCUUUUAAAAUAUAGAAAUUACUUUGCUUCACUUAACAACCUCUAGCUGGAUUUCUUGAAGGCGAAGGUUUUUUGGGGCUGUAUUUUGGUAAAAAAAAAAGUCCUUCAUGUCUGAUUUUUAAUGAGCCACUCUGGUGUUCCUCUGACAGCUUUUUAAAUUGCCUUCCCCGUGGGAGUUGCUGCAUAGAGAUGUUUUUAGCAUGACAGAACCCCCCCUGAAAUCUGCUGUUGUUAAUGUUCUCGCCACUGGGGGUCAGUGUGGCUCAAGUCAAAACCAGUCUCUUUAGUGGCAGACAGCAAAUGUUAGCACAGGCUGAACAGAGACUGUGAUAGAUUCAUCUUUUUCUUUUAGCUGUGUCUCUCAUGUAAUUAGACCAACCUUUUCAUUUAGUCUGUGCCUUCAAACGUUUGUCAGAAUUUGCAUGGUGACAUAAUUUUAAGCGUCUUUUUUUUUGAGUACUUAUUUAAAUCCACUUUUUAGGUGUAACUGCAUAAUGAUUGUUUAAGUCUUGACUGUGCAGAAAUGGUGAACUGAAAAGCAUCUAUUUAUUUCCUCAUGUCACCCUGAAGAGGAGCAUGUACCUGCUUGGGUGUGUGUGUGUGAGUGUGGGCUGUGAGACUUUGUGACAGGCCACAUUUGAUAGAGGGCAGAAGAAAAGGCUGCUCUGAUAGCUCUGAUGCGGGAGGAUGACGAGGGAGCCAGGUGGAAGGAGUAAUGACACCCCAGGAGGGGCCACUCAGGCUGUUAAGAGGAGGGAGGGAUGUGAGGAGAGGACAGGGAGUGGUGUGUGUCUGAGGAGUGAAGCAGAGGCUAUCACACUGUACACACUCACGCACAUGCACACGUAAACGCACAGCUGGAUAGGACUUAAUGAAUACAGAGCUCUAAUAGACACACAUAUCCAGAUCCCUCAGAGGCCUGAGGACUCAGACAGCUAUCUGACUCACACACUUUAAAAAGAAACACACCACAUGCUCUUUGUGGAGUGCCCACGCAGUAGUGCACUGAGACACACUUAAGCAUGGGCACACAAAUAAGGGUCAGGCACAGACACUUCCCUGCUGUCACUGUUCAUUUCUGCUCAUGCUUUCACUUAGUCAGCAAACAAACAUGCAUGUACUGAGAAACUGACACAUGUUUAUAAAGAUGCUGGAUUUGGCUGAGCUGAAGAAAUGAUGGAUCUGUUUCUGCUUGUGGUUAGCCAUGCAUGAUUCCACCGCACAUAUGGAGUGACACAGAGGGAGAGGAGGGGAGGUAAAGGCAGGAAGAAGAGGGGAUGUGUGAGAGGAAAGGUUUGAGAUGUGCAGAUUUUGGGGUAGAGUAAAAUAAAAGGCAGAGCACCUUCAGAAUAAGUAAUUAGUGUUAAAAAAAAAUCUGUCCAGGUUAAACAGCAAAAUAAACAGGAGCAGCUAAAAGCAGCACAAAAAGGAAAGGAGAUAAAGUCGGCAUGAGAAAGGACAGAAGAAACAAAGGAUGAAAGACAGCCACUGGGGUGAGGGAAAGAUAUAGAGGGCUGUGUUUUUGGCUCUGCUGUUUGUUCAGGCUAAAUGUGGAGGACCUGUUGGGAUGCAAAGACAAAAGAGAGAGAAUAAGAGAGAGAGAAUGAAGGAGGAUGGGAGAAGGUCAAACAGACUAAGCAGCAGACUCAGGCUCAUUACAAACAUUAUGCCAGAAAAUCCAUAAAAAUAACCCAUAAAUGUAUCAUGUGGCGUUUGUCAGCAGGUCUCUGUAGGUAUAUGUUCAUUUAAGCCUCAUUUCUAUAACAUCAUGAGUGUAUUAUGUUUGAUGUCAUUUAGCGGCUUUCACAAACAUGGUGUCCCUUUCAUACUAUUGAAACAUGAUUGAAUUGAAAGACACAGUGAGCGCCGAGACUGUAUGGGCAAUAUUGAGAGCAUAUCAGAUUAAAGCCAAGGACAAAGCCAUGUAAUGCAAUGCAAAUGGAGGGAGGCAGAAAGAAAGAGGGCAGAGAUGCAAACAUAGACAAAAGGAAGAGAAGGAUAGAUAAAGGAUGGCACAUAGACCUGCAGGUUUUGAAUAUGAAGUUGAAGCUCUGUCAGGUGGUGGAGGGAAAAAAAAAAAACAAAGGGUGUGAGUUAUUGAGUUUGGAGUCACGGAUUGAGUUAAGGCAUGAUAGUGAGACUGGGAUGCUGCAGAGACGAGGAUAUGAGGUGGCUGAGAUGGGCAGCAGAAAAAAAGAUGGUUGAGGAAGAGUGAAAAAAAUAGCUAUUAGCUUUUAAAGCAAAACAGAGGGGUCAUGCUCACCUUAACACAAUUUAUGAAGACAGACAGAGAGGGAGGAGAUAGAUUCAUACAGAUAGACAUCAUGCAGUCAUACAGGGAGAACAGAGUCCAUUUGUCAUGGCUAAGAUCAAUAGCUACAGCAUUUGUGCUGAUAUUUAUUCAGAAUGUUUCAAUAACAUGUUCCAUUAAUGUGCAGGAUGAUUAUAUUUGAUUACUCUCUCAGUGAAAUAGAAUAUCUUUGGAGUACAGCAGUUCUGACAUUGUCUGACUUGAUCAAUUCAACUGGAAGACACAUAAAUGAGUUCAGAGGCUCCCUAACUCUGAGAUCAUCUCAGAUAUGAUCAUAGAAACACAGCAGCGCUGGCCAUUAGCUGUUACAUGUAAAAUUAAGUUAGAGAUUUAUAACAGGCUCUUAAAACUCUGCACUCCUGAGCCACAGUAUCUGAGCAUGUCCAACACAAACUGUUUGUUCAACUUUUGUGAAAAAGAGUUUAUUCUUUGUAUGAAUUUAGGGAUUAAGUGAUUAAGUGUCCCUCUAAGGGGUAUGACAAUUCUUAAGAGGGAAAAAAUGAAUCAAGGAGUAUCAAAUGCUUGAAAUGUCUCCUAAGUUUGUCUGUUGUGAAGACUCGGAACAUCUUUCAGUUUCAGAAAUACCACUGUCCUGUCACUGCAGUUAUUUUAUUGACAUGAUUGUCUGCGAUAACACCGCCCAGAGUACGAAUCAGUUUGGUCUUGUGUACUUGUUUGAUUGCCAUAUUAUUCUUGUAGAUAUUCAGGUUGAGAGUGCAUUAAGAUCAAGCCAGAUGCAACCUCUGGUCUUGAGAAAUGAAGCUGAUGUGAGAGUGCAAAAAACUGUGGUUCCCCAGUGCCUGCUUGAAGCUGGCUGCAGAAGCACCAAAAACCACAUACACACGAAUCCAAACAAGACAAUUUUCAGAGAAAAUAAACACGUUUACAGCCUGGUUCAGAAAAUGGUCUGAAUAGCUUGGGGCUCCCAUGGCACCCACUGUAUUGGAAGUGAAUGUAUUUGCAACACGUCUGUUUUGAAGUUAUUAGGGUUAUAAAGUUGGCGAAUCAGAGGCGCAGCUGACUGGACUAUUAGGUUGGCACGCUGUAGCUAUUAGCAAGGAGGUUAAAGGCCAACCUCAUCCACAUGCACUGCAGUUGCAGCUUUCUCUAAUACAGGAUGGAAGUCGUUUGUAAAAUGAUGAACAUUUAUGAUGCUUCCUUGAGGAUCUCCACAGUUCACAUUUCCAACCUCUAGACAAUUCCCAUUGAGAGGAAUGGCUAGUUUUCUGUUAGAUAUCUGUGUUAGUGCAGAUUGAUCAAAUCCACAGCAGUCUAGUUCUUUCGGGCAUAUCUCAUGAUCAGUGAUAUCAAAUACAGCUGUAAAUUCAAGAUGGACUUACUACUUGGUAUGAAAAAAGAGGACAAUAUGGACUGAAUAAUAAACAGAAGAAGAAACAACCAGGCUGUGAGGGAGCGGGCAGUUCAAAUAAAAUAAUGUUGAGCUGUCAUGGCACUCUUAAUUGCACUCCUUGCCGCGUUGUAUUCCCCACUUAAUAAGAUUUCCUGCUAAACUUCCUCAACUAAACUGCCUCCUUUUCUAUUGCCUUCUAUCCGCUUCAUUUAUAGCCGGCUGUCUGUACACUCUCUUUCUGUCACAUACUUGUAUAUGGAAGAGGGCAGCAUUCAUUCAGUCAAUGAAAACUGAGGUGGAUAAGGCCUUCACUGUCACUGAGGUGGCAGCUCAUUUUGUGCAGAAGAUAGAAAGUUAAACUCAAUUUCAUAUUUAAAGAUGUUUCAUCCACACCUGCCUUAGUGUCUGUCUGAUGAUCUGUCCUUCUAUUGGAGGGGAGAGGAGAGGAGAGGAAGGGAGGAAAAGAAAAAAAAUAAGAGAUUUAAUAUAUCGCUAAUGACUAAAGGGCAGAAAGGGUAAAACCAAAGGUAAGGCACGGUGCAGAGGUCGAUGUAGUCUGAAUUUGAACAUUUACAUUCACCCCAUGUGAGAAUAUUGCUGUAGAUUAAACAAAGAAGAAAAACCCAUGAGAAGAGAAAAAUAAUGAAAAAAGAAAAAAAAGUAUAAAUCAGCCGAAUAGAUUGAGUGACAGAAAUAGCUAAAAGCUGUUGGGAUGAAAGAUGGAAACAGCGUGAUGGUGGAGGGAGGGUGAUGGGGUGAAAGAUAUAAAAGCAGUGGCAAUGGGAAUAUAAUGAGAAAACGGGUAAGAGAGGAAUAGAAGAGGAGAAGAGAGGCAGGGGUGAGAGAGCGAGAGAGAGAGAGAGAGAGCAAGAGGAGCUGAAACAACGACAGAGACAAACAGAAAGUGAGAGAGACACAGAGUGUGAGAGCAUGUCCCUGGGGAGGAGGGAGGUGAUUUGGGCCUGGCAGUGAUUGGGUUUGGACUGCUCCCACCGAGCCUCAGUGACUCACCCGUCUCCCACACACAGACGCACACUAUGAUGUAUGUGGACCGAGUGUUUGUGUGUGAGGGUCUGGUAGAGAGAGAGAAAGAGAGAGAGAGAGUGGGUAACAAAGUUAGUUCUUUACUGUCAGAGUCCUGCGGGGCUAAGCGUGUGUGUGAGAGUGUGUGUGUUUUCCUGUGUGUGUGAAGCCGUCAUGUUGCGUGCAGCCUAUUGGGAGCUGCCACUCUUAAUAACAGAUAAUAACCCACUGUCUAUCUCUGUCUCCUGAUGCCCAGUGUCCCUGCUGAUUCACUGCCUGCUGUAUAAACACACAAAAAGAGUUUAAAAUGAAAAUCUCAUUCUAAGGUGGUAAAAAUGCUCCAUUAACCAAAGCAGCUUAUUUAUAUCUAUAACAGCAUUUCGUAUAAUACACAAAUGACCAGCACCUCAGCUGUUAUUAGCAACAGACACGCUCCAAAUUUAUCUAUUUUGUUGAUCUCUGAGGACACAUUUAAGUUUUUCAUUACUACAGCUCUUUCCUGAGAGGCACCUCCAUCGGAUUUAAGCUUAUUAAAGAAGCAGAAAACAAGGCGAGCUAACCAAAUGAUGACGCACAGCAGAGCCCAUCAUGCUGCCCAUGUACCUAUAUUAGCCCGACCCUCCAUUUUUAAAUAUACUUUUGCAUGGAUAACCCAGAUUUUCUAUCACUCAUCUACUUGUAGGGGUAGCAAGGGAUUACAUCCAAUCUGGUCUGGUCUGAACGCUCAUUCACUUGUUAGUCAAUGCUUACUCUUCUCUGCUCUUUAUGUAGGUUUACUUUUAAAUUAAAAGCCAAUAGCAUAGCUAAAGCAUAUGAUUACCAAUUCCAUUCUCACAUCAUAGAGACUUAUACAAGUUUCCCUUCCAAUCAUGUCUUCUUCUCUUUGUCAUCAUAUAGAUAUUUUAAAAUACUAACGGAGGUCUUUUGGACUGAAAUCUGGGGGGACAGUGGGGAACAAGGCACUACACCAUGCUGAAAAUACAUAAAUAUCUUGGAUUAGCUGCCAGUCAAAUAAGCCUGCACGAUAUUGGAAAAAACUAACAUUGCAUUUUUUUUCAACACUACAAUAUAUAUUGGGAUAUUUAAAAAAUAGAGGAAUUUUCACCAGAUGACCUAAAUAGCAUUUUAUGCUGAACUGCUGAAAUCUUGAGGACAGUUAACCUGCACUGAUCUUACCUCUUUUGUGAAUGUUAGUAGAAUGGUUCUGUCUGUCUUAGAGAUCUUUUUAGCUUGCUUUUAUUGUGCUGGGACUUUAUUGUGGCAACAGAUAAUAGGCACUGCCGACACAGAACAGGUGUUUGGUGACGCCAUCCUUUUUGUAACCGAAAUAAUUACAGAUAAGUGAAGUAGCUUUUCUUUUUGACAACAUGUAUUCAUCUUUGGUGGUUUUCUCUUGUUCGUUUCUCAUUUUGCAAUCGUUGAUGUUGUCCCCGGUGUUGUGCCGAGAAACACAUGCCCGCCGAGGAUUGCAUGCAACUCACAGAAACACUCACUGCUUAAAGCAGAGUGGUCCAUGGAAAUGUGCAAUUUAAAACCCAUACAUUUUCAUGUGCAAGCCAUGUGCAGGGGCGCGGUUUCCUCCUCUCUGAUUUUGAUUGACAGCUGGCAGUGUAGUCUGAUCGGCAACUGAGUAAAGAACGAAUGUGAUUGGUGGAUAGCUGCACAGCACAUGCAGAAUCACAUGCGGUGUAUCUCAGUCAGCUACCCUUGAAAUGAGAUGAGUUCAUUCACCCCCGACAUGGCAGGCUCUGCAAUGUCACUAUCGCGCACAGGUACAUCGCGAUGACGAUGCUCAAACGAUACAUCGUGCAGCUCUACAGUCAAAGGCUUUAUUCCCACAGGGGCCAUCCUAUUGUGAUUUCAUGCUCAGAGUUGGAACACACCUCUACCCAGAAACUUUGCUUUGCCAUCAGAAAGCCCAUUUGGUUUUGCACUAUUUGAUGUAUGUCUCACUAAUAUAUGGUGAAUUUUGAAAUUUUUGCACAAUAAAUUUUUUUCCCAAAUUCAGAUGAAAUCUCCAGCAACUGGAUUGAGGCUAAUAUCGGUAAUUCACUUGUACAGCUUUGUGUGCAUCCUAUUGUUGGCUGGUCAAAGUGAUGUAAAAAUAGACACCAACAUGAACAGUGGUAGUACCAAAGCUGUCCUUUAUAAAAUAAUCAUCUUGCUUGUACAAAUGUUCAUCCUCUCUUAUCUGUGAUGUUAGCUGUGGUCUCAUGUUUGCUUAUGAGCUUCCAAAAGUGUUACACUAAAAUAUGACCAGAUCUCUGUCCUGCCUCAUCUGUGUGUGUGGCAGCUUAUCAAUCACUGAGCUGUGAAAUGACCACAACUUGUCAUACAAUUACACAUCAAACCACCUUGAAAACCAUAAUAAUACAUGAAAACAAUAAAGGGUUGGCCAUCUUGAGCUUGACCUCACAAGAAGACGGCUGCUAUGGGAAUAUGGUUCAUUAUAGAGCUGACACAUCAAGACAACCAUUCAAGCACACAUUCAUACCCUAUAGUGGUGUGAAGUGACAAACUAACCACAGGUUGUGUUAUAUUUGACAGAUUUUAAUGUAAAAAUGCUACAGUUUCAUGCAGCAGACACUUUUGACAAAGUGACACAUAUCUGAGAGUAAGAUUAACAUUAGCAACGAGCAAGACAAAAAAGAACAACAUAGAGGCAUGCCACAAACUGCUGCAAGUCCAAUCGGAUCCAGGUGCUGUCAGGCAGAGCACCGAGGCAGUGAACGAGGUAUAUUAGAGCCAAUUUGUUUUUAACUAUCACCAUCAACAUCAACAGCUUCACCAGCAUCAUCACUAUCAUGAGACUCCUGAUAGACUUCUGCAACAGACUAAACACCAUCAUCAUAAUCAUUAAUGUCAUUGUCGUCAUGACUAGCAUUAUAAUCAUGAAGUCUGGAGGUGGGCAUGAAGGGCUGGGUAAGUCACUUUCAAAGAGUGAAAGGGACUCUGCAGGUCCAGCGGUGCUGGGUAAAUCACUCCACCACUGGGGGGAAUGACUCAGGGCCCUGUUGUGAUGGAUGUACCAAGCACUUUUCAUGGCACAGUGUAGUGAGCAGGAGGGAGUGUAGACCUGAAUGAGGCAGUCCAAGCAGGGGGUCGCCACUGUUUAUGCUGAUUUUCAGGGUCUCAAACAGGGUUUGGUUAGUCGACUGCUUUAUUUCUUUACUAGAUGGGGUGGAAAUGCGGCGUCCAUCCUUACAUACAGACAUUAAUAAAAAUUUUAAGCUAUAGGUCUCAUACAAACAUUUUAAUGUCAUUUUUAAUUCAUAAAGUUGUUUUAAAAUAAGAUAACUACCUGACUGAAUAACAGAUAGACAUUGUAUGUGAAUAGUUCUCUUUGUGGUAAAUGUGUGACUCUCCACGUGUGUAUGUACUUGUCCUUGCCAGUGUCUGAUUUAACGGUAAAUUACUGCUUCUUGGAACAAAGCCCUGCAUCAUUAUCUACACUCACAUUUUGGGGGACGUGAAAUUUUAUAUCGAGCGAGCAUUUCACAUGGGUGGGAAGGAGAGCUGGAAGACAGGAUAAUUUGAUUAAAAGAUAAUGAGGAUAUAACAUAAUUGAGAGCAGAUAAUUAUCCUCUUUUUAUUUUGUUUCACGUUUCAAAGCCAACGGAAAGCAUUUUUUAUCUCCUGAAGAGAGGCUUCAGAUAAGAGAUGAGAUGUUAUUGAAGGAAAGAAUGAUGAAAAUAACAGGUUUUCAAGGCGAGUCCACCAAAAAUCACCUUUCUUGGCUCUUCUGAUUGCAUGAAAGCUGUGUGGAUGUGCGUGAUGCGAAUAGAGAGUGAGAAGAUGGCAUUGUUGAUAACUGCCUUCAGGUGCUUGUAGUCUCAUGGCAAUAGUCUGUCUGUCUGUUUGGGCUAUCUAUUACAGCAGCAAACAGACAGAAACCAUGAGAAAACUGCUAUUAAUGUUUUUAAAUGUGUUUCUGUUUACUCUAGGGCCUACGUCUCCACGAUAAGUUGUCUUUUAUCUGAGUGAUAGUGUUAUGCGGAUGCCUCUGCAGCCAUGUUAACUGCCAGAGAGACGCUCAUUUCUCAGGGCACUUAUCAACUGCAUGAGGUUGUAUCAAAUGGUUUAAAUGUCACUCUGGUUCAGGAAAAGAUUGUUUCUAUGGUAACAGGUUGUCCCUGCAUGUGUUUGCUUCAGAAGCAUAUUAAUUUCGCUAUUAGUCUUGGAAAGACGCACAAUAAUGUUGGAUCAUGUAAGCGAAUCAAUGUUUAACUGUAUGCAACCUUUUUAUUUGGAAUUUAAACGUGUCGCUUCAGGAGAUUUCUUACUGUCUUUACAUUCAGAGAAGUCAAAGGUCAGGAGUAGUCUUUGUGUUGCAAGGCUGUUAUUUUGCCUCCGUGCACCUGCAGAUACAUCAAUACUUGUCAUUUUCAAGAACUGAGUGUUUACACACCUGCAAUUACAUGUAUGUAGGUCACACAAGUAUGGUAUGCAGGUAUUGAUCUAAAGGGAAAGAAAAAAACAAUCUGGUAUUUCUGAUGUGUAUUACUUUUAUAAAGAAUAUGAGGCAAAAACCACCCAUCUUGUACAGAUGUUGCAUCAUGGAAGCAUAGGGAAAACUAAAAAGCUGAGGGCAACAGACCGAUUUAAGAUACAACGCAAACACUAACAAGCACCUAAUCUACAUGUCACUGUGGUGCAUUAAUACGUUUAACCAGCCCUGAAUCUCUCUGGUGGUCUUGUUGGUGUUGCACACUCUGUUCAGGAAGUUUUGAGGACAUUGAGUCUGUAGGAAAAACUGGAUCAGCAGUGGUUGAGUCUUGUUGAGUGUUGAAUGUUGAGUGUACUGAUUUGUAGUAAUGAACUGUCUCAACAGCAGGAGCAGACAGCUACAGUAGCCCCAGAGGGGAAAGCAUGUAUCCGUCAGUCACUACCCAAACUGCUGAGACAGGGCAAAACUUUUUUUUUCUGGCCAGACAGGUGUUUUAACCCUAGUUUAUUCUGAAUAAGUAAUAACAUAUAAAAAAAGAGUCGACAGGGGAAGCUGGGAGAUUUAUACAUAUUGGACUUAAGAGUGCAAACAAGGGAGUGUUUCCUGGAGCCAAUAAGUAACUCCCAAAGCAGAAAACCAAUGUUGUUAAAUUUGGGGCCAAUCAUCUGUGCAAAAAAAUACUGCUGACAUCCUUGUGCUUUAUUACCUGAGCUCUGUUUAUAAAACUAAUUAGUAAAGUAGAGAGAGAUUAAGCUUCUUUAACUUUGGCAAAAAGUUCAUAUAAGACACAUUACUUAUGAUAAAAAAGCACUGAUUGAGGAAAAAAAAACAUUUGUGUGACCUUUAAGGUAAUGAGAGUUGAGUCCUCUGUGGAUAUGAAUCAGAGUCUGGUAGUUACUGCUCACACAGGGAACAGUGUAAAAUUCAGCAAUCGGCUGUGGGCUGUUAAGAGCUUUUUCACUGAAAUGAUCAACUUGCAGGUAUGAAGGGAUCUUGGCAAAAAGACAUCUGUCACACUGGCAGGUGAGAUCGUCAAUACGAAUCAAUGAAAAUGAAAAUGUCUGUUCCAAUGUCAGCAAAUCUGUAAAGCUGAAAGCAAGACAAUAUCUAAUCAAAAGUUUAACUACAUGUUUUUACAGAGUAUUUGUUCCAUUUGGCAACAGCUCAGAGACACACAGGCAGCUGCAGACAUACUGCUAAAGGCCAUUGUAAUAAAGGCAGUCAUUUAGGAGAAGUUCUAAGCAGCGACAUCGGAAAAGGUUGUUCUGUUCUAAAAAUAAUGCAGGAAGAGGCAGUAAUGUUGGCUUUUACUAUCUCAGUAAUUACAAGGCUUCACCAGAAUUUCUACCUGGUGGAAGCGCCUGGAGUUUGUCCUUUUCCUUGAAAGCGACACAUUUCUCUUCCUUUACCUUUAAAGAAAUGAUUUUUUCAAGGAAAUAUGCAGCUUAAAGGUAAAGCACAGUCUUUUAGAUGUUUUGCAGCCGAGUCAGAAAGAGCGUACAGAGAUCUUGAAGGUUAAAGAGUGUGUUUAGAUUUCCCACUGAAAGGUUAGAGCUGCAGAGUGUUUUCAUGUGUGAGAGAGAGGAGGGGAGAAUCCACGCCUGUGUCUUUGUGUCAGUCUUUUCAUACACAUGAAGGUGUGUUUUUUCUCUGCCUUCACCUCGCUCUCUGCUUUCCAAAAAAGAAAAAACCUUUUUCUUUGAAAGAACUAACAUCGGGACACGUCUUCAGCCUAAAAAACCAGGAGCUCACAAAUCUUCUCUCCCAGCAGCCCCCCCCAAUCACCUUCAGCCCUCCAGCAAUCCUCUCUUCCCACCAAGCCCCCCCACCAUCAUCUCCAGCUCCAGCAUGCUUGCUUCUCAUGGAAUAUUUCAUGACAGACAUGCACCUGAAUGUGAAUGUUCACAGAGUGUCCACGCUCAGUAACAGAGUAUGAUCCUUCAGGGUGAUACGAAGCAGAUAUGAAGGACCUCAGAACUAAAGGGCGCUAAUAUUUUUCAAAAAGACCUUAUUAGUUCUGCUUGAUCUAUUAUAAAUGUCAGGUUGGAAAACAGAGCUUAAGAGCUUUAAUUAUGUCAACCAAAACAGCUCUCUAUUGUGUCUAAAUGACCAAUAUCUAAAACUUAACAAUAAAGACGGUCAACCUGGCCCUCGAGAAAUUCCAAAAAUGCUAAACCUGGGAUGAAAUAUUUUCCCAUUCAUCUUUCCUGAUACAGCCUUAACACCCCAAGAAACCAUAUUUAUAUUUCUUCCAAAUCAGUGAGAAACAAACCGUAAUUGUUUUUGGAUGACACUUAAUGAGCUCAUUUGUAUGAACCCAAUCAUCCCCAAAACGCUGAAGCUUGAGUCAUUUUCUGCUUUUGUGAUUUUAUAGAUGUAAAACAUGGUUUUGUCUGUGUUUGUACUUAGAGAUUUGUGUGAUAAUGAGUGAAUGCAUUUGAAAAGAGAAAUAAAAGGGUGAUGAGCUCUAACUGGAUAUGACCUAUGAGGUAUUUCAUCAGUGCUGCCUCAUUAACUUUGCAAGAUGACAGAGCAGUUUGUGUGUAUUCAAUGUUAUUCACUGUUUACUUACAGCUACUUCUUCUCUCUUACAGGGUGGAGGAGAGUUUUAAAACUCUCUUCUGGUCCAUCUUCGGGCUGUCUGAAGUGAUCUCAGUGGUGCUCAAGUACGACCAUAAGUUCAUAGAGAACAUUGGCUACGUGCUGUAUGGAGUUUACAACGUCACCAUGGUGGUCGUGCUUCUCAACAUGCUCAUCGCCAUGAUCAACAGCUCAUACCAGGAGAUUGAGGUACAGAAAUGAGACAGGAGUGGUUAAACAAUACAAAAAGAGCUGUAAAAGAUCAUUCCAGUGGUUAAAAAAAAGAAGAGAAAGAACACUAAGUAAAAGCUGAACCUUUUAAAAAGGUUUUUGCUACAUUAAAAAGUAAAGACAGAGAGACCACAAGUUAAGUUUCUGGUAGACAACGAAGCAUUUUCAUUGGUUUGGUUCUCAAAGACAGGAGAAUGUCAUUCUUUGGUUUGUUUUUCAUAUCUGAUUCUGUCUCUGUCUCCGUGUGUCUCUGCAGGAGGACGCUGAUGUGGAGUGGAAGUUCGCCAGAGCAAAGCUGUGGCUCUCAUACUUUGACGAGGGACGCACCCUUCCUGCCCCCUUCAACCUGGUCCCCAGUCCGAAGUCUUUUUACUAUCUGGUCCUUCGCAUCAAGUCGUGCCUGAUUCGUCUCUGCAAGGCCAACAGUCGUCGUCAUAACAACGAGCUGGAGCUGGGCAUGCUCAACUCACAGGCCAAGGUCAGUGACAGGAAUUCGUUGAUCCCAACUCUCAUGAGAAAUAGCGAACACAAAUAAAAGGAUAGGAUCUUAUUUUUUAGUUCAUAGAGUUCUAUGUAUGUGACAGAAGACAGCGUAUUUGCUGAUGUUGUUUUUUUGACACUGUGAUGGAAGCUAAAUCAAUUAUUUCAAAGCCAGCAGCCAAAAUGUAAAGUGCUUUGUAUCAAUUAUUUCCACAUUUUGCAGGAACGAUGUUGGGAGCCAAUCAUUAUGGGCUAAUUACUGACAACAUGUGUCUUGUUUUUCUCGCCUGCCUUUCAGCCUCUCAUUGUCAGAAAUAGGAAAAAAAUAUCAUGACAUGACAGUUUAUUCAGUACAUUACAGCAAUUUCUUAUUCGGUUCAUUUUAUUUUUACUCUUUAUGCUUUUGUGAAAUAAUGUGCUUUUUUAUAGGUUUAUUUUUUCUCCAGAGGCGGCCAUGCUUAUCACGUCUGCAGCUGUCAUGAAGAUUUUCUUUUGGUUGUCCCUCAUGAGGAAACAGUUUUCGUUUGUUUGUUUGCUUGCUUGUUUUCAAUGUGGCUCCACAUAAAGGAUUGUUAGAACUGGGUUUCUGGGCAAUGGGAAAGCUCACUAAUGUCCCCACAUGAAUUAAAUAUUGGAAAUAUCACUGGAAAUGACUUGAUCAUUGUUCACUGUGCGCUCAGGCCAAGAGACAUAGAUCAAAAGGGAAAGUGCUGUCUGAUGGCUAGCGUUCACAUGGACUAAGCCCACUGUGGUACAUGGCUUGUCUUGUCCGGUUACUCCCACUGGCUUCUCAAACCAGGGGGCUGACUGCAGUCUGCAGAAGAUGAGACACUGACAACUAAUAAGAACCUCAUGUAACCCCAAUUCAUGACACGUGGACUCCUUUAAGGCUCCAGAGGGAAGAUGAGAUUCCAACCACAGGCUGAGAUGCUACAUUUGCCUCGUUCAUUUCCACACAAUCUCCCUCUUAAGGAUUGUCCAUCCAAAUAAAAUCAUCGUAAUGAAAAGAACGCCUUGAGUGAGACAAAUAGCACAGGCCAUUUCACACAGAAUCUAUCCCGGUACUGAUGUUUUCUACAGGCUUUUCCUCUGUCUGAUUCCUCGGCUCAGAGGGCUCACCUCAGUGCCUCAGCUGAGCUAUUAGUCAGGUCGCCAGAUCUGCCUGCGUCUGCUCAAAUGGCUGGCUAGGUUUUGGAUGGGGACAAGAUGGGUUACAGCCUGCUGCCCCUGUGAGCCGCCUGAGUUCUGUACAGCUCUGACAGUUUAACUGCAAAGCCAAGCAGGUGCAGCGAAAGAUCAAUACACAAGCUUACACUCGUCUACAGUUCAGCUCUGAGAAUGUCAAGCAAGAUUUGGAGAAGACAGCGUGGUCUUUCUGGAUCUGUAAUUUCCUCAUUUCUGCCUCUUUGCUCAGCUUUUUUUUUUUUUCAUGAGAAACAUUCCCUAUUUGAGGUGCACUGCGCUAAAGCUAAUUAUGUUAGGUUGAGCAGUAAAUGUUCGAAAUAUGUUUAAAAAAUAAACAGGGCUGACUUACCCUCUAGUCAUCCAUCUCUUGUUGAAUAUUUGUAUGUAGGAUUAAUGAAGGAGUACUGUAUUAAGGUGUAUGUGGGUGUCUGUGUAUGUCUACAUACACUCAGUAAUUAAGGUUCCUGCCCCUUGGUAAAUAUAGCUUUCAUAUAUUCACAGUAAUGAGGACAAUUAAUUACAUGCCAGGAGCAAACAAAUUGAAAAUCAGUAAUGAAAGGUGUGUUGCAGAUUAUUGAUCAAGAAAAAGUCACUGGGUACAAAACAAACACCUCUGCAAGAAGGAAAAAAGAAACGUGUCUCUCACAUUCACAUCAGGCUGAAACAGAAGUCACCAUAUAGGUGUUAGCUUAAAGGGAUAUUACGUCGUAAAAUUAAGUUAGGGUUAAACACACCGUAACACUGAAUUAGACACCCUGUCAAGAGAUCCACUGUACUACAAAAUAGGACUGACAAAUACCAAGAAACUUCAGGCUAACUCAGGGUCUGUAUUUCCUUUAAGUUGGUUUGCCUCUUACCAGGGAAUACUGCAAGUUUCCUUACGCUGCCAAGAAGGUUCAUAUGAAAUUUCAUGGAGUGGAGCCUUGUUUCUCCUGAUUUUAGGCCGACUGUGGUUUAUUAGCUGAGGGUUAAAGGGAUAUUCUGGCGUAAAAUUAAGUUAGGGUCAAACACACCGAAACACAGAGUUAGACACUCCCUCUAGAGAUGAAUGUCGGUGACCACUACUUCUACAAACAAGCGGCUGCUGGAAGAGAGAUGGUGAGUUGUGUUUAGUCUCUUUGCUAAAGAAAUUAGGCAAAGCUAAAAAGAUGUUUGGUGGCUAGUGCUGUGGCUGGGACCCUGUAUGUACUAUUGAUGAAGUUAGGUGCUGUUCUGAGCAUUAUUUGUGGCUAUAGAGUGGUGUUUUGGUUGAGUGCGUGGCUCUGUGUAUUGCUAUCUGCGGUCGUUAAUAAAGUUAGUAUAACUAGAGAAGCAAGCAGUCACCAAUAUUCAUCUCUUGACUGGGUGUCUAACUCAGUGUUUCGGUGUGUUUGACCCUAACUUAAUUUUACGCCGGAAUAUCCCUUUAAAUAAGUGAGUGAGUGAAUAAACUAAACUCUUAAGUCAUGUUAUCUUGAAGACUUAAAAACAGGCAACUGGACUGUGUAGAGUUAAGAAGACGUUUCGCCUCUUAUCCAAGAAGCUUCUUCAGUUCUAAAAGUGCUAGUGUCAGGAGCAGAUAUUUAUCUUACUGGAGAAGGGGGACAGUUAACGACUGGGAGGAGUUGAAAAGAAUGGGUCGUAGAAACCCAUCUCUCGGUGUGUCCCCCCCAAGUCGUUAUCCUGAAAGGGUCGUUAGCGACUCCUAUCAUGUGACCACAUGACUCAUGCCACCUGAGUCAUGUGGUUCCAGGUGUGAAUGUUUGUGGAGCUUUCUGGGGAGAGAGCUGAGAACUGCAUUGUAAGUGCCAGAGAGAUUGUGCCUGAGUCCACCCCCUCUGUUCAGAGAAGGUUUCUCCAGCCUGGUAAAGAUGGCUUCUUUAACUCCUCUUUCAAACCAUCUGUCUUCUCGAGCCAACACCUGUACAUCGCUGUCCUCAAAAGAGUGACCUGUAUCCUUCAAGUGAAGGUGGACAGCUGAGUCCUGACCUGAGGAAGUGGCUCUCCUGUGUUGAGCCAUGCGCUUGUGAAGCGGUUGUUUAGUUUCCCCAAUGUACAGGUCUGAGCAUUCCUCGCUGCACUGGACAGCAUAUACCACAUUACUCUGUUUAUGUCUCGGUGUUUUGUCCUUGGGAUGGACUAGCCUCUGCCUUAGUGUGUUACCAGGCUUGAAAUGAACAGGAAUGUGGUGUUUGCCAAAGAUCCUCUUGAGUUUCUCAGACAGGCCUGCAACGUAAGGGAUUACAGUGCUCUUGCGUCUCUCCUCCCUUUCCUGUUCAGUGUUAUUUCUCUUUCUGUUCUUCACAAAGGCCCACUUAGGGUAUCCACAGGUUGUCAGGGCAUUUUUGACGUGCUUUUGUUCCUUUUCCUUACCUUCUUUCUUCGUGGGAAUGUUCUCGGCCCGGUGGUUGAGUGUUCUGAUGACACCCAGUUUGUGCUGUAGAGGAUGGUGGGAAUCAAAAAGUAGAUAUUGAUCCGUGUGUGUUGGUUUCCUGUACACUUCAACGUUGAGCCACCCAUCUGCCUCCAAGUGUACAGCACAGUCCAAAAAGGCCAACACUUUGUCCUUGACAUCUUCACGGGUGAACUUGAUGUUGCUGUCCACUGUGUUGAUAUGGUCAGUGAAGGCCUCUACUUCAUGUGUUUUGAUCUUAACCCAGGUGUCAUCCACAUAUCUGAACCAGUGGCUAGGAGCAGCUCCCUUGAAAGAGGUUAGGGCCUUCCUCUCUACCUCUUCCAUGUACAGGUUUGCCACUAUAGGAGAAACCGGGGAGCCCAUCGCGCAUCCGUGUUUCUGUCUGUAAUGGCGCUCUCUGAACUGGAAGUAGGUGGUGCUGAGGCAGAUGUCCAAUAAGGAGCAGAUGUGGUCCGGAGUUAAGUUGGUUCUGACUUCCAGUGUGCUGUCCUGUGAGAGACGUUGUCUUACUGCUUGGACUGCCUCUGUUGUUGGAAUACUUGUGAAAAGUGAUGUGACAUCAUAGGAAACCAUGGUUUCAUCUGAGUCCAGCCUGAUGUCCUUGAUUUUCUCAGCAAAGUCCUGUGAGUUUCUGACGUGGUGAGGGGUGUGGCCGACAAGAGGAGCUAGGAUGGUGGCCAAAUGUUUUGCCACUUUGUAUGUGACUGAGUUAAUGCUGCUGAUGAUAGGUCUAAGGGGCGCCCCUUCCUUGUGUAUCUUUGGUAAUCCAUAAAUGCACGGGACAGCUUCCCCUGGGUACAGUCGGUAAUAGAGUGGGCGGUCGAUAACUCCAUCCUUUUCGAGCUGUUGAAGUGCACUGAUAACUUUCUUUUUGUAGCUGUUGGUGGGAUCCCGUUUAAGAGUUUCAUAGGUGGCAGUGUCACUGAGAAGGCUUGUUACCUUGUCAUGGUAAUCCCUGGUGUUGAGUACCACAGUGCAUCUCCCCUUAUCUGCAGGCAGGAUGGUGAUGUUUUCAUCUUUUUGCAGUGAUGCCAAGGCUCUUCUUUCCUGCAUGGUCAAGUUGGAAGGAGGUGUUUUGGCAUUUGAGAGAGCAGCUGUUACCUUCAGCCUAAGUUGUUCUGCCUCCGUGACCGCCAGAAGAGCCUUGGCAUCACUGCAAAAAGAUGAAAACAUCACCAUCCUGCCUGCAUUUAUGGAUUACCAAAGAUACACAAGGAAGGGGCGCCCCUUAGACCUAUCAUCAGCAGCAUUAACUCAGUCACAUACAAAGUGGCAAAACAUUUGGCCACCAUCCUAGCUCCUCUUGUCGGCCACACCCCUCACCACGUCAGAAACUCACAGGACUUUGCUGAGAAAAUCAAGGACAUCAGGCUGGACUCAGAUGAAACCAUGGUUUCCUAUGAUGUCACAUCACUUUUCACAAGUAUUCCAACAACAGAGGCAGUCCAAGCAGUAAGACAACGCCUCUCACAGGACAGCACACUGGAAGUCAGAACCAACUUAACUCCGGACCACAUCUGCUCCUUAUUGGACAUCUGCCUCAGCACCACCUACUUCCAGUUCAGAGAGCGCCAUUACAGACAGAAACACGGAUGCGCGAUGGGCUCCCCGGUUUCUCCUAUAGUGGCAAACCUGUACAUGGAAGAGGUAGAGAGGAAGGCCCUAACCUCUUUCAAGGGAGCUGCUCCUAGCCACUGGUUCAGAUAUGUGGAUGACACCUGGGUUAAGAUCAAAACACAUGAAGUAGAGGCCUUCACUGACCAUAUCAACACAGUGGACAGCAACAUCAAGUUCACCCGUGAAGAUGUCAAGGACAAAGUGUUGGCCUUUUUGGACUGUGCUGUACACUUGGAGGCAGAUGGGUGGCUCAACGUUGAAGUGUACAGGAAACCAACACACACGGAUCAAUAUCUACUUUUUGAUUCCCACCAUCCUCUACAGCACAAACUGGGUGUCAUCAGAACACUCAACCACCGGGCCGAGAACAUUCCCACGAAGAAAGAAGGUAAGGAAAAGGAACAAAAGCACGUCAAAAAUGCCCUUACAACCUGUGGAUACCCUAAGUGGGCCUUUGUGAAGAACAGAAAGAGAAAUAACACUGAACAGGAAAGGGAGGAGAGACGCAAGAGCACUGUAAUCCCUUACGUUGCAGGCCUGUCUGAGAAACUCAAGAGGAUCUUUGGCAAACACCACAUUCCUGUUCAUUUCAAGCCUGGUAACACACUAAGGCAGAGGCUAGUCCAUCCCAAGGACAAAACACCGAGACAUAAACAGAGUAAUGUGGUAUAUGCUGUCCAGUGCAGCGAGGAAUGCUCAGACCUGUACAUUGGGGAAACUAAACAACCGCUUCACAAGCGCAUGGCUCAACACAGGAGAGCCACUUCCUCAGGUCAGGACUCAGCUGUCCACCUUCACUUGAAGGAUACAGGUCACUCUUUUGAGGACAGCGAUGUACAGGUGUUGGCUCGAGAAGACAGAUGGUUUGAAAGAGGAGUUAAAGAAGCCAUCUUUACCAGGCUGGAGAAACCUUCUCUGAACAGAGGGGGUGGACUCAGGCACAAUCUCUCUGGCACUUACAAUGCAGUUCUCAGCUCUCUCCCCAGAAAGCUCCACAAACAUUCACACCUGGAACCACAUGACUCAGGUGGCAUGAGUCAUGUGGUCACAUGAUAGGAGUCGCUAACGACCCUUUCAGGAUAACGACUUGGGGGGGACACACCGAGAGAUGGGUUUCUACGACCCAUUCUUUUCAACUCCUCCCAGUCGUUAACUGUCCCCCUUCUCCAGUAAGAUAAAUAUCUGCUCCUGACACUAGCACUUUUAGAACUGAAGAAGCUUCUUGGAUAAGAGGCGAAACGUCUUCUUAACUCUACACAGUCCAGUUGCCUGUUUUUAAGUCUUCAAGAUAACCAUGACCUGGAUGAAUGAGAAUCUACAUGGUCUUAAGUCAUGUUGAUUCAUAUUUUUUGUGUAAGGCUGUAAGUUAUUAAGAGUGUCAUUAAUGAACUUUUUCAUUGUUUCAGUUGUAAUAUCCUGUGUUUAUAUAAAGAGUCUGUUCUUAAUUCAGAUCACACACAUUUAGUUUUUGAUUUGUACAUGCACACAUUUUGUUGUAAAGUAUUUAAAAAGCUCUGCCUCUCCAGCUAAUCAAAUCAGACUUUGUUUACCUUUUACAGCUAAAAUGUUUCUCAUGGCUUGAAAAUGGAAAGUAGCUGCUCAACAUGCACUUUGCUGUAGAAAUCAGGAAAUAUGUCAACAUAAUAUUUGUAUUAGAAACAUCUUUAAACUCUUUUUUUCUCUAAUGUAUUAUUGUUAAAAAUCUCCUGACCUCUACAGCUCCAGUGCAUAUAGAGUAGCAGCUAGUUGUCAGUGUCCACACUUGAGUUAAAACUCAAUUCGACACUUUGGUGCAAAAAUGACACACAAGCUGCAAAGCAAGACCGUGCACAUGAAAGGCAUCUAGAGGGUAGUUAACCGAGAUCCACUUGUGCCAAAUGAUGCUGUUAAUUCUAUGUGUGUUCUCUUGGAAGACAUCUGUGAGUACCAGAUACACAAACACAGCAGCCUGCCUCUUAUUGUUGUUUUCAUUCAGCAGUCUGUUGCCUCCUCUAACACCCUUUUUCCAUUAUGGAGUAUCACUCAACCCUGAAAUGUGACAUUAACAGCAGGCUGCUGUUUUCUAUCUCACUGAUGCAACAGGAUGAACGCUUCAGGCCUUAUCCACGCUCGGGCGAGGAGUUCAUCCCCAAAAAACCUAGAAAACAUCCAACCAGAUACCAGGUAAGACAGAGAGAGAGAGAGAGAUAGAGAGAGAUGGGGAUGGAUGCUUGAUCUCAGAAAAAGAGCAAGGAUAGAAAUAAAAUGAGUGACGAAGAAAAAAAAUCCUACAGCAGUGCUAAGUUAGGGUGGCAGCAGGGUGAUAAAAAUUUAUAGGAAAAAAUAUGGAGGGAGGAAAUGAGAAAAGAAAGUGAUGUAAACGAGAACAGAUGUGAAAGAGGAGUGAGAGGAGAAUGGACAGUAAGGGGGUCUAAAAACACAAAGGACAAAGGUAUGAAUUCAACCAGAGUUUAAAUGUCAUAAGCUGAAAAAGGAGGGAUUGAACAUGUGUCUGCAAAUGAAAGGGCUGAGGCAGAGUGACAUGCAGAGAAAAGGAACAAAGAUAUGUUUCUGUGAGCACAUCGAGGAUGACAGGAAGCAGACACUUAAAGUGAGCUCAAAGAAUCACACUGAGGAGAAAUGAGAUCCUUCACCUUUGCUCGGAGGGAAAUCUAGAUUCAUUUUUCUCCCCGCCCCAAGAUUGACAAAGGUCCCAUUUUCCAACUUCCAGCACACAAACACGCAGACUUCUCAGAGCAAACGUCCACCUGUCGCUCUAUAAGAGGUUUGUACAUGCGGCGACAUGUAUCGAUCCAUAUCAAGAUUGCCUACAUGCAAAGAUUGACUGCCUUGGUCUCAGCAGCCUCUGCAGGAUGCCCCUGUUGGCUGUAGAUCAAUACUCAACAUUUGACACUCACUCUGAGAGGCACGAUGCUGCUCUUUCAACACUGUGUGAUUUUGUGAGUGUGUGUGUGCGCAGAGGCAAGUACACACACCAUGUGCACAAAAAGUAAUUAGAGAAGGAGAAGUUUGCCCACUUGAGACGUACACCAUGUGUUAUCACUUCACCUUGUCACCUUCUUCCUAUUAAAUCUGCUUUUCUUUCUUUGUAGAAGAUCAUGAAGCGUCUGAUAAAGCGGUACGUGCUGAAGGCUCAAGUGGACAGAGAGAGUGACGAAGUCAAUGAAGGUAAAAAAAGAAAAAAACUUUCCUUAAGGUCAUUUUUUAUGGCGUCAGUUUCUUUUAAGCAGGAGUGUGGAUUUUAUGUAAGUUCUUCCUGUAUAUUUUUUUAUGAUCUCCACAGCUUCCUGUUUCCUCACAUCUGUGACCUUCAGCACAAUUUCACAGCCUCUCAUAAAGUGCCCAUAUGUCUGUAACCGCUCACAUGUCCUGACUGUUGAGUCUUUUGUGUUGCAGGUGAGCUGAAGGAGAUCAAGCAAGACAUUUCCAGCCUCCGCUACGAGCUCCUGGAAGAGAAGUCGCAGGCAGCCGGAGAACUGGCUCUGCUUAUCCAACAACUUGGCGACAAGUUUGGCAAGAACACUAUGAGGCACUGACGGGACUUGCAAGAAGGGAAAAGAGGGAAGAUGUGAAAAGAAAUAAAAGGUGAAAUUAGAGGAAGGUAGAGGCAGAAAACAGGGUCAGGGAGGUUUUCUUUUUAGAAUUUAGAGCCAGAGAGCAAGAAACUGAGCGGUGAAGGAAGAUUUUGGGCCGAAAGAUAAAAGUAAAAAAAUGAGAAGAGUGAAAUUUCUCUAAUUAAAGGCAAAACUGUUUUGCAUUGUAAAUGAUUAGUUAUUAGAAAGGUGGGAAAACGAAAGCUGUGACUGCAACCAAGCAUUAGGUCAAAGGGUCAGAGGUGAAGUGGGGUUAAUGUUGAUGGCAUCAUCGUAAUUAAAGGAGACAUCUUCAGAAAAGGGAAGAGAGCCACAGGCUAGGAGAUGAAUAAGGAGGAAAACAAAAGCUCUGUGAGGAAGAGACAGCAAAGGGCAGAAGACUGAGGCAGCAACAGGGUGAAGGCCCCCCACAUCCACUGCCAUGAGAUAACAGGCGCAGAGAGAGAGAGGGGACCCCAGAGGAGGAAUGAAGCAGAGGGAGGGGUAGAGAGUGAGAGGGAAACGGAUGGUGUUCACGACAGAAAGGCUGACUCUGCUUCUCUAUGUUCCCUUAGUCAGGAGAGAAUAACCGACACCUGUGGAGAUACUGUGCAGCCCUUUACACAGCAGGCUAUCUAAUUAAUACACAUCCAUCCACAGUGCACAACUUGUGAUCAGGAAACCAAUGAUUCAGGAAAAAAAUGGAAGACAAGUCAUCAAAGCUCACUCAAAAAUGUAGCUUAUCUUUUAUUUAAAUGGUGAAUGGUUGGGCACAUCUCAAUUCACAGAUUAUACUCAAAAGAGCAUGAUCUGUGCUGGGGGGGUGGGUAGGAGGAGGCUGGGUUUUAACAUGUUCUGAUUUCCUUUUGUUGGACAUUUUUAGUCUGAGUUGUGAGCAAUUAUGUAUCAGGAGGCUUUGUGUAGGCAAGAAAAUCAGCCAUUAUUGAGAGAAAAGCAGGUGGAACGUAAUUUACAACAACAUCCUGGCUGCUGUCAGUAGAAAUCUGAACACUAUUGAUAUUUGUCUAUGAACAGAUAUCUUCUAAACGCAGCCAAAAAUCUGUUCUGUCUCAAAAAGAAAAAUCUACUUAACGCUGUGAUUCAAAAGCCAAUCAGCGUUAAGAUUCCCAGAUUUCCUGGAAAGCAUCAGAAAACAAUCUGACCUCCAUCUGAAAAACAGGCGUUUUUUUAAGGGUUUAGUCACGUAAAUAUAAUUUUCCCCUUGGGUAAGCUGAGAGGAGGCGUACUUACUAUUUACAGAGAAACCAAGACUCACUGAGAAUAGAUGGACAGGUGCAGCUUCAGGGAUGUAACAAACAAAAGAAAUUAUGGUGUUUAAUCUACAAACAAAUCUGAAUCUGAACAGGCAAAUGUCUCUUUGCUUGUGAUUAUCACACACAGUCACUUAUCAAAUUUCUAUUUGAACCGUAAACAAAGUUCAUUUUAGCAGUUGUUUUUUUCUUACUGCAGUCUGCUCCAUAAAUGCUGGGCCUCAUCGCUACAGACAUCACUUCUUCUAGCUCAGUCAGAAUGAUCUCAAAUACAGUGCAUCAAACCAACACAUACUGCCAGAACUAACUCGCAGAUGGGAAAACCUAACGACAAACUCACCAAUUUGUUUAUAGUCGAGGUCAUGAUCCCAUAACCAUUAAAAACAGAGGCGAACACAUUUUGUGGAUGUUUUCCUGUUCAAUGGGCCUCCGCAGCAGAUUUUUUUUCUCUGCACAACACUUUUUUUUUUUCUAAAAUAGCAACUGAAAAGUGACACGUCCUCCAGGAUUUGCGUUUACAGCUGGGAAAUGGAGGAGGUCAGUGCUUUCAGGGAGAAUAUGAAGGCAGACAUACUCCUCAGUCUGAUCGCUUCAGGGCAAACACACAUUUGUAAGAUGAGAAUAUGUGCGAGUUAUUUUAGACUGUGUGAACAACAAAGCAAUCAUUUGGCCACAAACACUGGGAUUCACCUGCGGAAGCUGUGUGGAGUCAUUCAAAGGUUUUGUUUUUCUUUCAUAUUCUUUGACAGACUGCUGCAGCAGCGAUGUGAGUGUAGCUGACUUCAUUGUGAAUGGUGUACAUGAGCUAUAUUCAGAUAUAGAUACAACUAGAGCACUGCAGCUACAAUCACUGUCUAACAUGUAGCAGAAGACUGUAUGGGGAUUUCCACCCACCAUUAUUACAAUUAUAUCAGGAGAUUAUUCUUCUGCGAGUUAGAAUGCUUCUUUUAUAACUAAAAGAGUUUAUUACUUGAUAUAAAAAAUAAUCUUAUUUCUUUUGUGCUUUAAUCAUACCAUUAGAUGUAAUUGGAUAAGAUAAUACAUCAUACAAUCUCUUUCUUUCCUUACAAAACUAAUUUGAUAUCAUCAAAAAUAGAACAUUAUCAAGAUAAAACCGUGAAAUUACAUUACUCUGUUAUUGCGUGGAUUAUAUCAAAUAGCCAUGCCCUACUGGUAAGAGUAUGAUCAGAUGGUUUUCACUAUUUAACACGUUUGGGGGGCUGUAAUUACAAAUGAAUUGUUUUGUUGAGAAAAGAGUCUGAUCCUUUUCAUCUUAACAUCAUUACCCAUUACAAGGAAAAUAAUUAGACAUUUCCAUAACAAAUACGUAUAUCUUAUUUGAAUUGUUAUUGGUAGUUUUUUAAGCUUGCCUAUGCUUACAAGCAAGCGUAGUGAGCUGAAGGACUCUUUAAAAGCUAAGGGUUUGUUUAUAUGACACAAUAAAAAUGAGAGAUGUGAUAUCUUCUAACUAUAGGAACCAAAUUUUGCUUUAGAUACACAAAUGUUUAGAGUCAAGCUCCUGUGUGAAUGAACAGUGAGGCUUGAACAUGUGUCUAUAUAUUUAUCUAGUGUGUGUGUCAGAGAGUGAAAGAGCAGCUUUUCAUGUUUUUGUGCAGAACCAGAAAGUCCAGAAUGUUUUAAGAUUCACUCCUCCUGAAAGACUAAAUUACCUGAAAUAUUGUAUUUUUAACUUGUAAGCAAGAAUUAUUGAUAAAGCAAAAUCUUGUACUGUACAUUGUCAUAUUUUUGAUCCUUAAAUUAAAGAGAGUAACCUCCAAA